AAAGGCGCGAAGGCGGGGCUGGCGAGGGCGCUGGGCGGCGUGCGCGUGCGUGAGGUUUCGGCGGCGCGAGGAGGGCGCGCUGGUCUCGCCAACCGCCUCGCUGGGCUGCGCUGCUCGGCCGGCGCCCUGAGGGGACGGGCGGUAAGGAGCGGGUCCGGCGAGGGGCGGUUUUCUGAGGGGAGCGCCGUCGUCCCGGGUCGGCAGGAGGAAGGCGCGGGCUCGCUUUCUGAGGCCGCCUUAGCGGGGCUCCUCUCGGGCGGGCUUGGCUGGGGGCGCCUUGCCCUCGCGGAGGGCGGAACGAGCAGCCCCGAGGCGUGUCCUCCCCGCCGGCCGCUCCCAGGUCGGAGGGUCGGGGGACCCCAGGCUCCAAGGCCCGCAGCCGCAGCUCGACUGGUAGCGUUCCCUGGGAGGCGGCGCUGGGUCCUGUGGGCCUUGGGCGACGAUGGGUUGGUGCGGAUAUCCUUGGCUGCUCUUGUAUUUUUGCUCGACUUUUGUUUUUGUGUCGGUUUUACUUAGUCUUUAUUGAACUGUCAGCAUCGGCACAUAGGUGUGUGUGUAAGAGAGAGAGGUAAUAAACUGAUCCAGCGUGUUCACCUACUGCUGGAUAAAUAAGGCCCAUUCACAAGGCAAGCAGAUGGUGUACAGGUGGCAGUUUAGGAAUUGCAAGAUUGCCAUGGGUGUGAAUUGUGAAUAUACAAUAUUGCACAUGUAUGUGGACAACCACUGCCGUGAACUGUACACAUGGUUUUAAAAGAGGGAAUCUGCACUGGACAAUGUUAAUCUGAUCUUGAAGGAAACGGUUAAGAAAUAACUUCAGGGCUGGAUGGACAGCAGUUAAGUCCUCUGAGAAGACCCUGGAUUCAUGAGACUUGGAACACCGUUUCAAAAUGGAAGCAGAUACAUUGAUUUUCCAUUACAGGUUCUCAUUUGGUUGUAUAGUUUAAUAAGUAUCAAACUUGCUUUCUGCAAAGUUACAGAAGAGCGCCCAAGGUUGUUUUGGUUAGGAGGUCCAGCAGGUUCAGAUAAGGUAAUGGAAGAACAAGGGUCAUUCUUGGGCCCAUAAUAAUUCAAAAAUUGGCCUUGCUGGAGUCCUGUAAAUAACAUUCAUGUUGAUAAUAGGAAUAGAAAUGGCCUUACAGGGUUACAGCUAUUGGUUCUCACUUAAGCUGUUAGAUGAGGUUGAUUUGAAACACACACACCCCAUCGCCAUUUCUUGCUGAUGUAGAUUUCACUCCCUCCUUCCCUGGAAGAGGAGGUGGCACCAUUUUGUGGUUCACGUCAGGUGCCAAAAUGUUUUGGGCCACCCAAAGUAAUAUAGCUUAUUAGCUGUCAAUUCGUAGCACUUGUUAAACUAGCUGAUGGUUUUUAUUACACCUGUUCCUGGAAAACUGGUGGAAAGUAUUGUAAAGAACAUAGAAGAACAAACCCCUACUAAAGCAGAGCAAGCAUGGCUUCUGCAAGGAAAGUCCUGUCUCUCAAACCUUUUAGAAUUCUUUGAGAGUGUCAGUAAGCUUAUAGGUAGAGGUAGUCCAGUUGACAUAGUGUACUUGGACCAAAGACUCCUACAUAAGCUUGACAGUCAAGGAAAAAGAGGAGAUCAGGAAUUGGUUAAGUUGCAGGAAGCAAAGAAUAGGAAUAAAUAGACCCUUUUCCAGUUGUUGUUGCCACCAACGCUGCUGGAGCAACGCCACCUCCACCUCCUUGUGCCCGGAGCCACGACCCCUGUGGCACCCCCUGUUGUGCAGUUCAAAAAGGUUCAGGAAAGGGCAACUAAAAAGGGAUAUAGUGACUCCCCUAUGAGGAAAGGUUGUUUGGACUUUUUAGUUUAGAGAAAAGGUGAGUAAGAGGUGACAUGAUAGAAGUUUGCAAAAUUAUGCAUGGCACUGAGAAAGUGGAACGAAGAAAGUUUGUCUUCCUCUGUCAGAACACUAGAACUUGUGGAUAUCCAGUGAAGCUGAAUGUUGGAAGUUUCAGGAAAGAUAAAAGAAAGUACUUAAUUGAAAAGCCUGAGUUCAGUAUUCAUUGUUUACUGAUUCUUUAAAGAUGUCUAACUCCUGGCACUCCCUUCAUGGAUCACUGCCUUGUCGUGGCUCAAGUAACUCAGACAUCCAUGGGGUCACGAAGAGUCGGACAUAACUAAUCGACUAAACAACAACUCCUGAUGCAUCUCUUUACCAUUCUUAUUGUGAAAUAAAUCCUUUCUCUUUAACUUUCAUAAGACUCAGAGUGGCAGUUUAAAAGGGACAGGGAUGAUAUUAAAUAAAGGCACAUUCUGCAUCUGUUCCUGAGCAGAGUUAUAUACCCAAAAGACAAUAUUUCCGGGAAGGUGGGAGAGUACAGUAUUUUAAACCAAGCCUAAGAAAUACACACACUACCACAAGGCUACCUCAGUCUUGGGGUGCGGCAGGACAUCCAAAUCACCAUUGCUUCAGGUUUUCUGGUUCCCUUGUAUUGGCAAUAAAAUCUGCCUCAGGUAGGAGGAAAGGUGUAGAGUCCACCUCAGCCACCAACUUGGAUGGCUUUAAAGGAGGAUUUGUUGCCCACCUAUCAUCUGACAUUGGUGCUCCCAAGUCCCAAAGCUAGUGCUUCAAAGCUAGGUGCUGCUGAAACAGAGGAGAGGGACGUUGUUUCAGCAGAAGUUUCAGUGCAACCCCCUUCAUUAUCAGAAGUUGAUAUGUGCAGCCAUGAGGAUGAUGAUCUGAUCUGUGUUGCUGAAAAGGUUCCUCAACCCUGGCAUAUGCACUGAUACAACUCAUUCAGGGCAUCACCCCAUAACCAACAGUUUCCCUGAAUUUGUGGGAAAGUACAAACAUUUUAUUUCCUCUCAAAAUCCUCUCUAAUUGGUUAUAUAAAAGUUUCACUUUCAUGCCUUCCCCCCCUCCCCACCCAAAAAAGUUGGAAUUUUAGUUUGGUGAAUAUGCAGAGGGUUCUCUUAGAAUAGUGUCUUUGAACACAUUAGCCAGUCACGGAACUGUAUCCCAAGGCUCUAUGGGGAGAGGGAAUGGUUGUUUAACCAGUUUUAAGUCUGGUGUAUCUGUGCUCAUUAAGGUCUACCAUUGUUGGUGCUUAGGCCGUUGUUGGUCUGUGUGGGCCAUUUUCUUCUGCAUUAUUCUCUGAGGGGGGGAGGUUUUCAUGGGGGCGGGGAGUUGGAAGUACAUUGUAGAGUGAUGAGAACCUAAUUCUUGCGAAGGUCUUUCUUCACUAUUUAAGGAGAGUGAUAGGAGACCUAGGGUUGGGGGGUGGCAAUAAAAUGAGAUGUUGAUGGUGGUAGAGGUGGAUUGUGCUAGUCUUGGUAGAUGGUUCAAGGGCAUCUUUGUAGUCUUGUUUCAGACUUAAUUUGGCAUGGUGAACUGGGAUCACUAUAGAGAGCCCCUUGCUGUAUGCUUCUGAAAUGUGUUUUUCCCUCUCAAACAGUAUCAUGUAUCCCACAAGACCCCCAUUUCGGGGUGGUGCAUCUUUCCACAUGCCUCAGAGUGGCCAUGUGCCUGAAUCUCCACCACAGCUGCUUACGAUUGAAGAUAAUGUAUACAGUAGAGGAAGGUCUAUUCCUUCAGCUGGUAGGAUGCAAAGAGUAUGCGAGAUGGUACAGAAACAACCAGGACAUUUGCAGCAGGUAAAUAUACAACUUUUAUAAUCUCCAGCAGUGAUACUUUGCUGGAAAGUGGUUGGCCAGUACCUGCAGGUUCAUGCUAAAACUAGAUCCCUUGUUCUUUUGGUACACAAUGCUGUACAGGGAGAUGUUACAUGGCAUACUUGGGUUCACUAUAACUGAUAGGAGGAAUGUUUCUUCUCUAUAGCGAAUUCUGCUGUGUGUCCUGCAUAUUAAUAGCUGUUGCUCAAUCAUCACUUAGAACACGAGAAAAGGAAAAUGAUUUUAAAGGACAGGAUUUUUCUGUUAAGUUAGCUUCCCACUACCCCUUUACUCUGGAAUUGCCAUACUUUGAUUGCUCACUACUUUUUUUAUCUUUUAAAUAUAUUUUAUUGAAAAUAUUGCAAUUAAAAUAAAGUGGAGGAAUAUCUGAAUGACAUGGUUGCUAGCUAAUUGCAGUCUUUGCUGUCCUGUUCCCCCACUUUUGGUAAUAAAAUGCAAUUGUAGUACAGUGGUACCUCAGGUUACAGAUGCUUCAGGUUACAGACUCCGCUAACUCAGAAAUAGUACCUUGAGUUAAGAACUUUGCUUCAGGAUGAGAACAGAAACCAAGUGGCGGUGACAGCAGUGGGAGGCCCCAUUAGCUGAAGUGGUACCUCGGGUUAAGAAUGGACCUCCAGAACGAAUUAAGUUCUUAACCCAAGGUACCACUAGUUAUACCUCAUGUUGCGUCCGCUUCAUGUUACGUGUUUUUGUGUUGCGUCCUGUGGCAACCCGGAAGUACCAGAACGGGUUACUUCCAGGUUUCGCCGCUCAUGCAUUUGCAGAAGUGGCGUUUCGGCUUGCAUCAGUUCCAUGUUACAGACGGGCCUCCAGAACGGAUCCCAUCCGUAACAUGAGGUUCCACUGUAUCUUUUUGCUUGUUUUCUUACCCUCCCUCCCUUUAAUAAAAAGGGAGAGAUUGGUGAGAUGAGGGCUUUGUUGGGGUGGGGGGAAUGGAGGGGAGAAGAUUUCGUUGGCUGCCUUAGGCUGAAAUAGGAGGUUGGGUACCAUGUGAGAAUGAUGGGGAGGGUGUUUUUCAGUAAGCAGUGGAAGCAAAUGCGUGUCAACUCACAAGCAAGCCGUACUGAACUCAAUGGAGCUUACUCCCAGGAAAGUAGAAGUAAGUUUAGUUGAACUCAGUGGGGCUUAUGCAUGCACGGAUUCCACUUAGACCUCUGAGUGGGGAAGCAGAUGCAACCUAAGUAAAUCACUUAAACUACUCGUAAAUUAGUUGAAAAUAUACUAAAUAUAACGUAUGGAAGUUUAUUUAUUAUUUUUAUAAAAUCUACUACUUCCUUACAUUUUAAGGCCCUCCUUAAAUGUAAAGCGCGGCACACCCUCCACCGCUGCAGGGAGGUACAGCGGCAUCCUCUGCCUCCACAGGGAGGUGUAGCAAGGCCCUCUGCUACUGCAGCGAAGCGUGGCGCACCCACUACUGCCACUGGGAGGCACGGCAAGACCCUCUGCUGCUGCAGGGAAGCACGACACACCCUCUGCCACUACAGGGAUAUAUAUCGUGAUAUAUCAUGAUAUUUCGCUCGUGAUAAAUUGUGAUGUUGAAAACCAGAUAUUGCCCAGCACCACUUGUGAAUCAUGUUCUAGGAGGAUCUCACUACAGCCUAGGUCAUUACUGAAUAGUAUGGUGCUAUUAGGGCUGGAUGAUGCCAGCUUUUCAACAUUGCGAUGGUCUCACCAGCUAAGCAUAGCGAUGUAGUGAUACAGUGUGAUGUUGAAAAAUGGAGGGAGAAACAAGCAGCACCGGCCCUGGCCCUGCAAGGUUCCUGGCUAAAGCCAAUGCCGCUCCUGCCAGUACCUGGCACAGGGAGGAAGGAGGCAAGUAAGGGGCAGGCAAGCCCCACCCGCUGAGUGAAGGCGGCAUUGUGCUCUGGCCCUGAACGAUGUUUCAAUACAUUGCCCAGGCCUACAUGUUAUAUUAAAUUGCAGUUUGGAACAUUCUAGAGAAAUGUGGAAAAGCAAGGUUUCAGUAAAACUAAAGGGUUCUAGUGUAGAAACAUUGUUCAAGAAUACAUUGUCAGUUUGGAACAUUCUAGAGAAAUGUGGAAAAGCAAGGUUUCAGUAAAACUAAAGGGUUCUAGUGUAGAAACAUUGUUCAAGAAUACAUUGUCAAGUGUAAAAGUGAAUCUUUUAAAACUGGCUAGAUUUUCCUACCUCAUUCAGAAAGGGAGAUUUAUUUUUAUUUUAUUUUUUAGAAUAAUGGGCCUUCUCUUUUGUAUUUGUAUUUUGUGUGUGUAAAAAUUAAUUAAUUAAAAUUUGUAUUUUGAAAAGACAUUCAAGAAGAACCUUAAAUAAAACAUGGCUAGAAAACUAGCUGUUUUCUGAAUACUAUAGUUAGAGGCUUGUGGAACUAAUUUGUGUUGGGCAGAGAGCUUAUCAUGCUGCUGCUUGGGCCUGUUUGAGAGAGGGUUUUGAUGUUUGAUGUUUUAUUGUGUUUUUACUAUUCCUCUGGGCUAGGGCAACAUAUAGGCAGCAUACAAAUAACAAAAUUAUUGUUGUUGUUGAGAAACUUCUAGCUUAGUUUUAGGUUUGCAACUUAGAUGCAGAAAUUUCCUUCGUUUGCAAAACUCUAGUUAAAUUUUCAAGAGUUAUCAUUGGCAGUUGUUCCAGUUGGCCUUAUGCUUAACCAGUAGGUAUAAUGGGUAGAGUCUCUCUGUCCUCCAUUCUAUUUUAGGAGCAUUCCACAUCUACCUCGACCUUGGGUUCCAUGUUCCGGGGACUUGGUUUUGAGACUGCUCCACAGCCUGCUUUGGGUAAGUUAGACCUAUCACAUAGGAGCUUCUUUCUUGUACUUCAGUAAUGUGUGUCCUUAGGUAGUACCUACACCUGUAACAAUAAUGUUGCAUGACGCUCCAAUCCCUGAGCAGUGUGAGAUGCCAGGGGUUUCAGGCGUUUACUCAAGGUUCGUGUGUUCCUUUGGCAUGAGGGACAGCAGAGAAUGUGGUGUCUUUAUGAUAUAUGGUUUAUUUACACAAAUAUACAAUCUGAGCCUAUGAUGGAGGGGUUCACAGCAUUAACUUCCCAAGAAGGCCUUGCUUCUCUCAUAGCCACAACCUUGGAUCCAAGCAGAAAUCAGACAGGGCUCUGGAUCUCUGGUUUCCCAGCGUGCUUCAUUGCUUCCAGCUUCUGACUCACAUAACUGCAACUCUCUACUCCAGUCUUUGUCUUUCUAACUAACUGUUUGUUGAGGGAGGGAGCCCCACCCAUUUGUCAUCUGGCACAGAGCCCUUUGUUACCGUAAUGGCUGAUUACUUCACCAGGAAGCCAGCCUGGCUAUUCCAGCAACUUUUCUUAGAUUUUAACAUUUGCUGGAUCCAGGGACUAGAGGGGUCUCUGCAUACAACCUACCCCUCCUCAAAGCUCAUAAUGGUUCUAGGGACUUGGUUUUGAGACUGCCUCAAAGCCUAAUUUGGGUCAGUUAGCCUUACCACAUAGAAGCUUCUCUCUUAUACUUCAGUAAUAUUUGUCCUUGGGUAGUAUCUAAACCUGUAAAAAUAACUUUUCUAUCUUGUUUUUUAUACUCUAUUUAGGCCGAGGCAUUUUGGGUGACAUCAGUAUCAAACCCAAAGUGGACUUGCCAGCACAGCAUGGAGAGUUUAGAGGAGGGCCAGCUGGAGACAGCAAGGUGGAAAGGCAGCUUCUGGGACGUGGCAGGUGAGUAAAGUGAUCCUGAGGUGAAUAUAGUAAUUUAUUAAAAUUAUUUAUAUACCCCUCUUCAUUAUAAAAAUCUUAGGGUGGUACAGAGGGAUACACAUGCACGUGCACACACAUAUCCAAACUUAGAUUAAAACACAAAAUUACAGUAACAAUCCACAGCAGAAAAGAAAUCAAUAGAACAAUCAGCACUGAAAGCCUGGAUUUAAAAGUUGGCAAAUGUUGAUGAACAAAUGUGUCUUUAUUUAUUUAUUUUAAGUAAAUAUUAUAAAGUUUAAAUUUCAUAGAGUUUGUAAAGAGAAAUACAAAACUUAAUAUCAUUUAUCUUUUUUGUCCACCUUUAAUCUAAGUAAUAUUAAAACAUGAUGCAAAAAGAAAGAAAAAGAGAUAGCGACAAGAAAAAACAGAUAGAAAAAGGCUUUCAAGAGGAAAUAGAUAAUCUAUAGUUCAGAGAUUGAAGAAUUUUCAAUUCUUCAUCUCUCUGCUACUUAUAAACAAUAAUCACUUCAUCCACUCCAAUAUAACACCCAACAAAACCAUUUUAUAUAAACAAACAUUAUUUUCAAUCCCCAGAUCCUAAGGUCAUUUCAUUUUCUUUUUCACACAAAAAGUCUGAGAGAUUUCCAGUCUUUAGUACAUGUUAAUAAGGACUUUCCUCUGAUUAAACAUGUCAGUUUUGCCAUCUCAGCUAAUUUCAUUAAUUUUAACAAGCAUUGUUGGUAAUGAUGAAUCUUUGUGCAUAUAGUCUCGCUGCUGUAAUGUGAGGAUGUGAGGGCGAUCUGGCUGCGACAUCUGUCACCCCAUUGAUCGCCAGGGUUGAUUUGGCUGAUCUGGCUGGCUAGGCGGGUGUCCCCUUCCUCCCUCACAGCUCCAUGUGCAUCCCUCCCGAAGCUGCGCGCUCGGUGGAAGAGGACGACCAUCCCAGAUAGAAGGAGUGUACCGUUCUUCGGUCAAGGGUAUACAAUAGCUGCGCUCCCCUGCUAGAACCUCCAAACAAGCUGUAAUCAUAUAUUGAAACAAAGUUCCAUAGUCCUUUUCUAAUUGUACAUCCAUAAGUCCAAGCAGGAAGAGUUCUGAUUUCAGUUCAAAGUAAAUUUCAAAAUUCACUGUAUGUGUAUCCAAUAUUGUUUAGCUUUUUAAGAUGUCCACUACAAAUGUGUUUCUAAAAGGUAUACAUGAUACCAGAAAUGCCACUUGUCCUAUCUUGGGCAAAAAUGACAUGCUUCAUUUAGCCAGCCAGUAAUUAUUCAAUGAUGAUCCAUUAGAUUUGUAUAUCUAUCUGGCUCAAGUGAAAUGAGCUCAAUGAUCAGUUUUCAAGUAAAAGUUCAAAGCCAUUAGUUUCUUUCAUUAGUUUCAGUUGAAAGAUGCUGUGGAUCUGAUCAGUCCCUCUUUUAUAUAGAUGUGAAAUUUCACAGAUUUUAUUAUGAGAACCAUUGAUCACAAAUCAUACUGCUUUUUUGUAAGUUUUUAUUCACUUUCAUCUUUAAACUGUUUAACAUAGUUGCAUUGAGAUAUAUAUUUACAUUAGGGCAUAUAACUGCAACACUUACAUAAAAAUAAAAAAAAAUAAACACUGACAUUUCUGAAUAAAUUAACAAGUUGUGUCGGCGUGUAUGUGUCAUAAUUAUUACAGUUAUUACAAAUAUGAAAUGAUGUAUGUAUUGUUUAGAUUAGUAACCAUAAGUAAAAGGUAUUAUGUAUCAAUAAUAGAAUUUAAGAUUAAAUAAAAAUAAAAUUAAGAUACAGUGGUACUUUGGUUCCUGUACAGCUUAGUUGUCAAACAAAUCAUCUCCCAAAUGCCGCAAACCCGGGAGUGUUCUGGUUUGCGAUCGUUUUUCGGAAGCCAAACGUCCAAUGUGGCUUCCACGGUUUCCAGUUGAGUGCAAUAAGCUCCUGCAGCCAAUUGGUUUUCCUGCAGCCUUGGUUUUCAAACCGUUUCAGGAGUCGAACAGGCUCCCGGAAUGGAUUAAGUUUGAGAACCAAGGUACCACUGUACGUACUUCAUGCAUGCCAGAAAAUCAUAUUUUUUUCCUGUAGCCUUGUAGCCCUGGAGGAUGCUGCUUUGAGGGACAAAUGGACAGAGUAUAACAAUUCCAGAUUAUUGGAGACUCACUAUUUCUAUUCUACAGUGGUACCUCGCAAGACGAAUGCCUAGCAAGACAAAAAGCUCGCUAGAUGAAAGGGUUUUUUGUUUUUUGAGCUGCUUCGCAAGACGAUUUUCCCUAUGGGCUUGCUUCGCAAGACGGAAACGUCUUGCAAGUUUGUUUCCUUUUUCUUAACACCGUUAAUACAGUUGCGACUUGACUUCGAGGAACAACUCAUAGAACGUGGUGUGGUAGCCUUUUUUGAGGUUUUUAAAGACUUUGGUGAUUUUUGAAGCUUUUCCAAAACUUUCCCGACACCGUGCUUCGCAAGACGACAAAACUCGUGGAACGAAUUAAUUUCGUCUUGCGAGGCACCACUGUACUUCUGUACAGAAUGUGUUGUACAAUUCCUACCUCAUUUGUCCAUAGAACAGCUCUGUGUGGUAGCCAGACUGAGUGCGACUUGCCCAAACUGAACUCUGGGUGAUAGGAAUUGGAACACAAGUCUUCUGCAUCUAAACAAUGUACUGCACUUCACUGGUGUUGAGUCUGGGGAAUUUCCAUUGUAAAAUAUGUUGGGUUCUGAGCUUUAUUUAAAGCCAUCUCGCAUGCUGUUUGAAAGCUGAUAAGGAAAUCAUUGUGCUAUGUAUUUCUUUUUAUUCUCUUUUAAGUUUAUUCAGGGUACCUGGUCUUGUGGAAAGUGAAAUUCCUUUUGUUGGUCUUGGAAGAGCAGGUUUGGGACUUGGUAGGGCCUGUGGAGACUCAUCUGCUGUAAGUGCAGGAGUUCUGCAGAAAGCACCAGUAGAACCUCCUAGAUCAGAGAUUUCUUCCGAAGUUUCUAACAAGCUUGUGGAGAAAAAGUAAGUGAAAGCUGAUACUAAAAAUCUAUACAUUUUAUACAUGUUUAUACAAUACACGAAACCCUGGUGUGUAGCAUGAUAAGUGUGAGCGGGAAGCAGCUGCCAUGAGCCUUGGACUCAUUCACUUCCCCUUCUGCUGUGAUGAGGAUGUCAGCCGCUUUCCCCUUAAAGUAAGCAUACGUUGUCCUCCAAACCAGGGAUUUUGCUUUAUCACUAGUCAGUUUCAGAACAAGCGAACUGCUCAUAUCUCUUAAAUUAAGCAUGUAAAUUAUUUCAAGUAUGCUUUCUUCCUUCUAGAGAACCGCUAAUGAAGCAAGGCUCAAAAGGAGUACCUGUUCCCUUGGCUUUAAACCUGAUAAAAAUCCAUUGUCAAAAUGAAGCUGUGUAUCAAUAUCAUGUGACAUUCAGGUAGUAAUUUUUCACCAUUCAUCUGAGCUGUUGAAGGAUUGUUGGUUUUAUUUGUCUACAGACAAGGUACUUGGAAGUAGCCAUAAAUCUCUCUCUCUCUCCCCCUCUCCCCCUGCCCUCCACUUUUUAUAUGCCUAUAAUGCCGCUGUUCUCAAAAAGUAGGCCAUGUGACAUUGAUUGAUUGGUUCUCAGGAUUCUUCAUGUUACAAUUCUAAACUGGAUUUGAAUUUUCAAAUCUUUCUACUUGCUUUUUUUAAAAAAAUAAUAUUUAUUGAGGAUUUUAAGAUUACAAAGAAACAAAGAAAAAAGUAGACAAAAAGAGAAAUUAAACAAUACAAGUCAAUAAAAACAAAAAUCAAAGAAAAAAACAAAUCACACAAAUACAUCAAAAGCAAAAAGCAAAAAUAAACAAAAAAAUUAAAAACAAAUCCAAUAUUCCCAAAUCUUUAUCUUUCAUUAACUUGUUUCAUGGACCUCCUCACACCUCCCUUUUUUGUAUUCUAGUUAUUGAUUAUCACAGCAAAUCCUUCCCAUUUUUCAUGAUAUUCUGUCAUUAAAUUACCUUAAUCUAUUUUAACCUUAUCUUACUAUAAAAAACCCUAAAACUUAAAGCUUGAGUCUUAUCUAUACCAAUUUCUCCUAACCAUGACAUAUUCUUGCAUAGUUCUUUUUAACAUUUCUGCUAAAGCCAAACAAUUUCGUUCCAACAUCUUUUUUAAUACUCAUUAAUUUUAGAAAACAUUCCUAAAUAGAAUUUUUGAAACUUUCUCCAAUCUUCAACCAGCGUCUCUUCCUCCUGGUCACGGGUUUUGUCAGUCCUUUCUAUCCCAUCCAUCUAGUUCAUUAACCUGGUAACCUUAUGUCCGAGGCCCUUAAGUCUCUUCCAUGUCCCUUCCGCAGAUCUUCUUCAUAUUUAUACCCGUACUUUACUUUGUCUUCUGCACCUUUCACACGUGGAGACUCCAGCUUAACAGUAUUUUUAUCCCUUCUCGACAGAUCAGCCCCUUUUCCAUAGUCCACACUGAACUCCAUGUGGUAUUUAAAAACAUUUUUCAAGAUCCCUCCAAAGUUGAGGACCCCCACAACUCCAAACUCCUCCCGACCCAAUGCCAGACUUGAAAAAUCAAAACAUCCCUGCAUAGGGGGGUCUAUCCAGCCCCCCCCCCCCAUCUCCAAACCAAACAAGACACUAUCUCUCCAAAUCUGGCUUUUUCCAAGUUCAUUUGUCAAAUCCAACAGCUCAUGUUCCUGCUGGGCCGCAGCUCCCUCCAUCUCUGCCACCCGAGGUCCAACAACAAUCUCCUCCUUCAUCUGAUCUGUCAGAGCACAUUCCUGAUUUGAUUCCUGAGUGGGUUCUAUAUAGGUACCCACUACCUGUCCAAAAUUUCUGAUCGCAACAGUCAUCAAAUCCGUCUUCUCAUGUAACUGUUCCAAUAGAGCACUUGUUUUACAGAAAGCACGCACCAGAGCCUCUGAGCACAUUGUUAUACAAGGUCAGAAGUCUAUUCCCACGAUCUUAAUCUGUUGCAGCUGCUCCCCAGUUCAAGUUUAGUAACAGUUUCACAAGCUCCCUCUAGGGGAAGAACUUCUCUUUGUAUCCAACUCUUCUCUUUUUUUUUUUUUAAACAUCAGAUCUAACAAAAAAGUUUCCUUUUUCAGAUAUUUUGUCAAUAUUUAUUCCUUUAAAUUGCGAAAGAGCACAAUGGAAUCACUAUGUUUCUCUUCUUUUAAUUAUCUAUCAAAAACAUUUGUCUAUAGUCAAUGAACUUCCCCAAAAACAUCUGUCCUGACACCCCGCUCCCAGGUUCAAGACGGUGGAAAAUUACUUUUCUUACACUCUCUUCUGCAGGUUUAAGCAAUCCGGAAAAAAUCCCCCCUCUUCUCCUGCUUCCGAAGGGGGUUCAGUAAUUUUAGAUGAUGAAAGUUGAUCCUUUACAAACGAUUUUCUACACUCUAGUUUGCCAUGUCUUUGCUUUAAUCUAUCUACAAGAAACGGAAGGCUGACUUCCUGUUUAGACCUUCCCGCUUCAGUGCCAAAUUAAGAGGAAUUUCUUAAUCCAAUUUUCCAUUCUACUCACAGAUCGUUGUUUAAAGUCCAAUUGUCCAAAUUUGAUCUGCUCACGGGUAGUUGUUUUGUAGCCAAAUUGUCCCAGGAAAAAGGUAGCGCUCUCCGGCAACGGCUGUGCGGCUUCGCUCCACGGAAGAAGCAGUUGACUCUCAGCACCGCGCCACUUGCCCCUCUUCGCUCCGGAGCCCGUAACUGGGUUCCUUUACGAAUUGGGGGGGCGCAAAAGGUGCCCGCUGAGUCCCAUGGUCACAGGCUUCAUCCUGUGAUUUUUUAAAGGGUCCCCGCUUUGCCGUAGCGGAACAGACCCGUUUUCCGUGGAGCCAGUCCCUCCAGAUCAGAGGGAAUCCGCCAUUACCGAUGGCGCCACCCCGGAAGUCCCCAAAUCUUUCUACUUGCGUUCCUACCCCCACCAACAAAUGGAAGCUUAAAAAGAUGAAAGUGGUUUGUCCGUGAAGGGAGAGUUAUGAGCCAUGUAAGCUUGUAGUAGAAUUUGUGAUGCCCCUCUGUCUUAAAUUUAUGAUUGUGUGACUGUUCUGUAAACUGUAACUGUUAACCAGCAUCCCAUUCCCUUAUUUUUUAUAUGGCAGCAGGUUUUUGUUGCAAAUGCUGUUGCUAUUCAUCCAAAGUUGUGGGUGAGGAGCAGAUUAGCCCCCCUCCACACCAUGUGAAAGAUCAUAGAAUCAUAGAAUCAUAGAGUUGGAAGAGACCACAAGGGCCAUCGAGUCCAACCCCCUGCCAAGCAGGAAACACCAUCAGAGCACUCCUGACAUAUGGUUGUCAAGCCUCUGCUUACAGACCUCCAAAGAAGGAGACUCCACCACACUCCUUGGCAGCAAAUUCCACUGUCGAACAGCUCUUACUGUCAGGAAGUUCUUCCUAAUGUUUAGGUGGAAUCUUCUUUCUUGUAGUUUGGACCCAUUGCUCCGUGUCCGCUUCUCUGGAGCAGCAGAAAACAACCUUUCUCCCUCCUCUAUGUGACAUCCUUUGAUAUAUUUGAACAUGGCUAUCAUAUCACCCCUUAACCUCCUCUUCUCCAGGCUAAACAUGCCCAGCUCCCUUAGCCGUUCCUCAUAAGGCAUCGUUUCCAGGCCUUUGACCAUUUUGGUUGCCCUCCUCUGGACAUGUUCCAGUUUGUCAGUGUCCUUCUUGAACUGUGGUGCCCAGAACUGGACACAGUACUCCAGGUGAGGUCUGACCAGAGCAGAAUACAGUGGCACUAUUACUUCCCUUGAUCUAGAUGCUAUACUCCUAUUGAUGCAGCCCAGAAUUGCAUUGUCUUUUUUAGCUGCCGCGUCACACUGUUGGCUCAUGUCAAGUUUGUGGUCAACCAAGACUCCUAGAUCCUUUUCACAUGUACUGCUCUCAAGCCAGGUGUCUCCCAUCUUGUAUUUGUGCCUCUCUUUUUUUGCCCAAGUGCAAUACUUUACAUUUCUCCCUGUUAAAAUUCAUCUUGUUUGUUUUGGCCCAGUUCUCUAAUCUGUCAAGGUCGUUUUGAAGUGUGAUCCUGUCCUCUGGGGUGUUAGCCACCCCUCCCAGUUUGGUGUCAUCUGCAAAUUUGAUCAGGAUGCCCUUGAGUCCAUCAUCCAAGUCGUUGAUAAAGAUGAAACUAGAGGUGUAAAAAAUCAGGAAAUUUCAAAGCUAUAGGACUGUGUUUGUGUUUCCCAUGGGCUUCUGGAGGAUGUGGGAUGAGGAACAGAAGUUUUGGGAUAAAUGGAAAUAAAUGUGAUACUUACCAAACCUGUAAAUAUUCUGCUGCUUAACGACAUAAUAUGUAACUUGGUUAGUAUAUAAAAAGAUACUAUUGGAGACAUGAAAUAUGCAGAGCAAUUCUAUGCAUGUUUACCGUAUUUUUCGCUCUAUAGGAUGCACCGGAUACAAGACACACCUAGUUUUUAGAGAAAAAAAUAUUAUUUCCCCCCCUCCCCCCAGCACCAAAGAGCAGCGGACAGGCCCGCGUUUCGCCCCCAGCCCCAAAGAGCAAAGAAGCCAAGACAGCGAGCGGGAUCCAUCCCACUGGCUGUCUUGGCUUCUGCCAUAGCUGUGCAACCUCUCCAGCCAGGAGCUAAACCUCUCCAGCGCGGCUAAAGAAGCCAAGGCAGCGAGCGCGAUCCAUCCCGCUCUGGAGAGGCUGUGCAAGGCUAAAGAGGAAGCCAAGACAGCCAGCGGGAUGGAUCCUGCUGGCUGUCUUGGCUUCUUUAGCCUUGCGCAGCCUCUCCUGGCUGGAGAGGCUGCACGCGGCUAUGGCAAUUCCCCCACCUCCCGCAAAAGCCCACAGGAGCCGUGCACCCUUUAAGGAGCGUGCAGCUCCUGCGGGCUUUUCUACGAGGAGGGAGAAGGGACUGACUGGUCACGUCAGUCCCUUCUCCCUCCUGGGGAAAAGCCCGCAAGAGCCGUGUGAAGCUUGUGUGUGGCUCUUGGUGGCUUUUCCUGCCUGCUUCCCCCCUGCAUUCGCUCCAUAGGACGCACAGACUCCCCGCCCCCCUUAGUUUUUAAGAGGGAAAAAGUGCGUCCUAUGGAGCGAAAAAUACGGUACUUGGAAGUGAGGCUCUGCUUUGUGAUGCUUACUCCCAGGUUAGCAUGUUUAGAAUUGCAGACUGAAAAGUAGAAACCAGCUUAAGUUAUACUAGGGUGAGGGUUUUUCCACUGACUCAUUAAUCACCAUCUUUCCCACCCUUAUUUGCCUUAUGUUUAAACCCCCCCCCCCAAUGAAUAUACUGACAGGAGAAUAUACGACAUUUAAACUGAACUAUUCCUUCUGUAACAGAAUGUUUUUGAAAUCAAAUCAAACACUAUCUUGGAACAGAAGUGUAUAAAUAAAUUACUGAUCUGAAGAAUUCACUAGACAGCAUAACAGUAAAGAUUGUUGCUCUGCUUGUGGAAUAGAAUUGUGUCUGUCAUCUCAGUGACAUUGGGUAGUUUCCCCCCAGUACAUGAUUUAUUAAACUUUACUGGACUCUUUUCUACUGACUUUCAUUUCAUGUGUUCAGAUGUUCUUCAGACUUGAUUGAUCAUUCUGUGAGUUUUGGUUUUUGAAUGUCUUGGCCAGGAGGAAUGGAAAUACAAAUUCCUCUCCCUAGUGAGGAAAUUUUGUGAGCUCCAUAUACUGUGACUCCUCGUUUCUCUUCUACAUGCUUGUCUUCCAGCCCCAGUGUAGAAUGUAAGAGUAUGCGUUUUGGGAUGUUGAAGGAGCAUAAAUCAGUGACGGGAGAGGUUACAGCAUUUGAUGGCUCUAUUCUCUACUUGCCUAUAAAGUUGCCUGAGGUAAGCCAUGAUACAGGAGCCAAAGAUGUUUUAUGUUCUGAUGUACCACCACCUGCAUUUCCAUUUUCCCUCUUGUGGGUUUUUCUGUGUGGGACAAUAGUCAAUAAAAAUCCUCUUCCUUAGGAUAUAGAAGCUGCCAUAUGAUGCAGAAAUGAGAAAACGUGUGACCAGUGUUAAGCUUAAGGUGCAGUGUGUUUCCAUGAGAGUUAUAAUGAAAAGAUGUUGGGGGGAGUACUUGGAGUACUUGAGUGUAUGCUAGGGAUGUAGCUCACAGUAAAACAUACAGAAAGGAUUUUGUAUAAAUCGUCUCCGGAACAGGGGACUGUCUGGCACUUUUUCUUUUUAGAGCACCUUCUGCAUCUUUCAAACCAUCUGUCAGUUUAGAGGUGAAUGGUGAAGUUUCCAUUUACUACUUGAACUAAAAUAUAUGCAGUGAAACUAAAAUACACUUAAGGACUAGACCACGUUUCCAAAAUAAAGCAAGGCUAGAUUUUUUACUUGGUAAGGUUGCCAUCUUGAGUAAUGAUCAUCCGAUUUUUAUAUUUUUAGUUGCCAUCUUCAGCAUUAAACCUAUCAAGAUUUUUUAAUGUCAGAUAUUUUGUACUCAAUACUUAAAGUACCUUAUUGGCCCAAAAAUAAGCCACACUCCCCCCCCCCCCAUUCUGACAGUGAAAAGUUAAAGUGUGGCUUAUAUUUGUGACCUUUCCUUUCCCCCGAUGCCUUCAGGGAGGCUUGGGAGUGGCUGGUAGGCUCACAAGAGCAGCCUGGGAGCGCGGGGCAACACCGUGCAGCCUGCCUGCCACUCCCAACAGCGCAGCUCCCCCGCAGAGCAGCCCAGGAGCUGCCGGGGGGGUGUGCAAAAGGGAAGGCCAUCGGCAAAAGGCAAGAGCAGCCCAGUAGCACGGGGCAACGGCUCACACCCCACCUGCUGCUCCAACACCUCCCCUGAGCCGCCAGAAAUAAGGGGUAAGCGGCAUAGCAGGAGCGCAGGGGAAUGUCUUUUUUUCUUUCCCGCCCUCGAAUUUUGCAGGUGCGGCUUAUAUUUGGGCCAGUACAGUACUACCUCUCCCAUAUGAACCAGUCCAUACCCUGCAAUCACAAUGUGUGGCCCUUCUUUGUGUGUGGCCUCCUUGGGAGGUUUGGAGGGCAGCAACACAAGAAUAGGCCUGUUUUAGUGGUGGCUCCUCGCUUGUGACAUGCUCUCUCCAGGUAGACUUAUCUGGCCCCAUCAUUACAUGCUUUAAGCACUAGGGAAAAAUAACUUCCUUUUUGUCAGGCUCUUAAUUGACUGGCCUUGAGUGGUUAGAAUGUUUUAAUCCAACCUUUAAAAAAUAGAAUCAUUUCUUAGGUUUUUAUUAAUAUUUCUCUUUUAUGCCGGUAUGUGUUUAUAUAUUGGUAACAUGUGUCUAAUGGGAAAAGGGUUGUAGUUCAAUGGCAGAGCAGCUGUUCUGCAUGCAAAAGGUCCUGGGAUUUAUCUCUGGAAUCUCCAGGUAGGGCUGGGAGAGAGCCCUGUCUGAAACCCUGGUGAGCUGCUGCCAGUCACUACCAGAUACUGAGGUAGAUGGGACCAAUGGUCUGACUCAUUAUAAGACAGUUUUCUGUGCAACUUUGUACAACUGGUAUAUGUGAGGCACUGCAUGCUUUCUGAGUGGGCUUUCAAAGAUUUUGGGGGGAAUUUUGUAGAUAACGUUGCAAUAACAAACAGGCUAUUUUUGCUGAAAAAUGAUCAUUUUUUAAAGAAAGCAGUGAAAUUAGGUAGAAGGAAAUUUGGCUGUGUACAUUUUCAGGUGCAGUUUUUUUUAAAAAAAUCAAACUUCAGUUUGCCACUGGCUACUCAGAUGUUGGCAGCGAGUUUUCUGGAGGCUUUUCGGGAUUUUGAAUCUGAAAAUAAUAAAAGGUACACUCCAGAUUUACUUCUGAUAUGUCCCUGAAUGUACGAGAGGGAAUGACCUGAUUUAGCUCCUUACUUCUGGAUUUUGUAAAAGUAUUGCAUUAGAGACACUAACGUACCAUGGUUCUUUCUUCACAGUCCAUGCAGACAUUGGGAAGACAGUGCAAAAGAUGAAGCAAAGUAAUGUGUGUCUACAAAAGACGGUUACAUUGGGACAUAAUUUUAAAUGGCAGUUGGUUUAAUAUGUCUGCCUUUACUUUGCAUUCAUUUACAGCAGCAUGGAAAUGAGCUGUUUGGAAGAGCAAAGCAAGAGAAGGGCUGUGGUUGAGACGUAACUUAAGAUUGCCACAUCAUACAUCUUUUGCUGAAAGUAGUUUUUAAUAAGCAACUUAGAAGCAUUGAAAACUGUCAUUUGGAUAUUUUCUUUAAAGCUUUUGAAGAUCUUCUAGCAGACAAGAUACAAAGUCAUGACUUAGUGAUCUCAUCUGUAUAUAUGAUCUCAUCAAUAUAUUUAUUUCUUAUGUAGGAUGUAAAUCUGAAGUGUCAGAGAAGAACAGAUGGUGUGGAGGUUAGUGUGACAAUUCAGAUGACCAAAAUUCUGGAGCCCAGUUCAGAUCUGUGCAUUCCAUUUUACAACGUUGUUUUCAGGAGGUAAGUGGCUUUUUAAGCUAGGAAUUCUCAUCAUUCUUUCAGUCCUUGAAUUGAAUGUGCUGCAAAGGUAAUGUUAAGUACGGGUAAGUGUUAUGGUAGUUGACUGGUAUCCAUACAUGAAUUGGAAAUCCAUCUGUCUCAGGAGACAAUGGAAGAGUGUACCUUCAGAGGUGAAGUCAAACUGUUGGAAGAGUUACAGGGCCUGCUGUGGCUGUAGAGACCAGUACUGUAGCAGCUUGUCAAGGGAGGGAGGGACAUCCAGCUCUUGCAAGACUGAGUCUGGACGCUGUCAACUGUUGUGUCUGUCACCAUGUUUUCCCAUGAGUAGUGGUAUCUGAUCAGUGAGACACAAUGAUCUCUCUCACCAGCGUAGGCAACCUGCAGCACUGGUAACUUACGCCAAUCAAGUUGAGCAUAUAUAACUAUUAACUACUGCUGCCUGCAUUGUUUUUGCUCUGUUAGCAGUGCUAAAGUGACCUCUCCAGGGAGAAAGUUAAAAUAAAUGACUUGAAACAGUAUUUUUCUUGUGAUUAAAAUAAUGAUUAAUAUGCCUUGUCCACUCUGGCAACAUGUCAACAGUUCAGCCAGCCAUAUGUUUUACAGCAGAGUAUCCCAGUCUGUCAGCACUCUGGGUCAGAGGCCAGUUUUGUGGAAUCUCUCUUGGCAACAUAGAGAAAUAGAAUUUGAGGUUCCUAAUUUAAUAUACUGUUGGGAUUAGGAAGAACAUCUUAAUUGUUAGAAAAGAUGAAGAAGAUUGAUUUCAACUGUAGCAGUGAUUUUCAGUUGUGGAUUGGAGUACCAGAAAGUUAGCAUUCAACCAAAGGUGAAUUUAUACAUAAUGUAGCCUGGUCUUAAAUGACAGAUUACAUUUCCCAUGGGGAAGGGUACCCUGGUGGGGGACACAUCAUGCUCCUUCCGGGGUAGUUUGUCCACCUUUGGUCCCCACCUUGUACUUUGCUCUCACCUGUGGCUCCUAUAAGUUGUCAGCAUGUAACCGCAGCCACACUCCAGGAAGUGGCUUCGACUGACUGGCUAAACCAAGGGAGGGUAGCCAAUAGGUCUCAAACCCUCAGUGAGUUAGGAAUUUCCCCUGCAUGCGAAGACAGACUCUGGCGGAUUGAGUGGACGAGACCAAUAGUGGGUUCAAUGGUUAAGACGAUGGUUUCUGCAUGUACUGUAGAGGGGGGUGGCAGGCAGAUCUGGCUUGUCAAUCUGGGAAGGUAACCCAUCUAGGACAGCCUUAGGACAGCCUUCCUCAACCUCGGCCCUCCAGAUGUUUUGAGACUACAAUUCCCAUCAUCCCUGACUAUUGAUCCUGCUAGCUAGGGAUCAUGGGAGUUGUAGGCCAAAAUCAUCUGGAGGGCCAAGGUUGAGGAAGCCUGCAUCUAGGAGAAGGAAAAAUCUGAUCCUAAACUGCCUUGCAGGACAUCUUCAGGAGAAUCUGGAACGGAGUCCCUAAGAUUGUUGGAUGGCACCUUGUACGCCUCCUUCCAGCAACUCCUGCAGCCAAGCUGGUGCCAAACGUCUUGCUCUGCUUUCCUUUGGACCCCAUCAUCAAGGCCGAGAGGCGGGUCUUGUCGUCUGGGCAGCCCAGGACCUCCAGACACACUGCCCAAGCUUCUGUUCCAGGAGGUCACUUAGAUGCUGCUAAUGCAGUGAUUUGACUUCACCUCCGGAGGUGCAUUCCAUUGUCUCCCACGACAAAUGGAUGCCAACAACAACAACAGCCUUUUCUAUAUAAUUUUUUGCAAUUUACUACUUUGGCUUUCUAUUUUAGGGUGAUGAGAAUUUUAGAUAUGAAACUUGUUGGGAGGAAUUUCUUUGACCCUACCAGUGCUACUGUGCUGCAGCAGUAUAGGUUGGUAUACUUAAGUGUUUUUCCUGUUUUUUACCUGGGCACCCUAUCAUUUGUAGUAGCCAUAGGAGAAUUAUUAUUAUUGUUUGAACUAAACUUUUAUCUUGCCUUCCUCCAGCUACUGUACAUAUUGUAAUCCUUAGGGAUAAAAGAUCUCCCUUGUUUUCCUAUAAGGGAGGAAGGUAUCCUCAGAUGGUUUUCUCCUGUUUGGCAAGGCCAUUCAAAUCAGACUUGAAGUGCCUUUGUUUUAUGGGAGAGAACCUCCUCCCAGUUCAAGUCAUGCCUCACUCCAAGGGACAGGGGGUUGGUAGAGCUUUGCAGAACUCUUCAGUUUGCCUGGCAACCUUGGCUACACAGCCACAGUGCUAAUUCUUCUUCAUCUAAGUUGGAGAUUUACUAGUCAGGUCUUGGAGAACAUGAAAGGCCUUACUCCACUGGUGUAGACAUAAGUGAGUAUCUUAGGUGUAUGGAAGCAUUGGUUAAGUCCUGUUUUUCCUGCGCACUAACUUUGCUCAGGAACUUUAGUCUUACAUGCUAAAGCAUAAUUGUUUAUUACUAUUAUUUACUCAGCUUAUAUACCACCCUUUAUUAACACAUUUUACGGAGCAUCAGUAAUAAAGACAUAAUAAAAAGCAUAAUAACAAACAGCAUAAUAAUGAAAUAAUAAUCUCUCUCCCUCCCCCCAUCUUUAACAGGCCAUAGAUUAUUUAAUGGUUAAAGGCCUGGGUAAGGAGGACUGUUUUUGCCUGGUGCCUAAAGACAUGUAAUGAUAGCGCCAGGUGAGCUUCUCUGGGGAAGAGCAUUCCACAGGUGGGGAGCCACGACAGAUAAGGCCCACUCUCCUGCUGCCUCCUUCUGAACCUCUCUGGAAGGAGGCACAUAGAGAAGGGAAGCUCAGAUGGCAAGCUCAGGGUCUGGCCCGGUUUGUAUGGGGAGAGGCAGUUCUUAAGGUCCUGAGGUCUUGAGCCGUGUAAGGAUUUAUAGGUCAACACCAGCACCUUGAAUUGGGACCGGAAACUAAUUGGCAGCCCGUGCAGUGCUGCAGCCCCUUCUACUGUUUUUACAAGGUUUUUUAGCCACAAGUUUGCAGAAAUGUUUACAAGCAAAAAGUACAUUUAUGGUGGAAUGCCCUUUGGCCUUAUUCGGGACAGUAUUGUUAAAGAGAUGGUGAAGAUUAUUGGACAAAAUAUUGUCGAAACCUCAAAGGUUGUUUCUUUUCAGUGGCAUUGACAUGGGUAUCUAGUGCAGCUCUAAGUAACCAUCCCAUCAGCACAAGGAUUUAUACUUAAACAAUGAGAUGUUCCUCUCUUUCUUCCCUGCUAUGCUCCCUAAAUCUGUUUUGGGGUUCUCCUCAACCCUCAGGAGCAGAUUUGGGAAAGUGCAUGUGGAAAUGAGUGGCAAAUGUCCCAUUGUAGAGUCAUAAAUCCUUGCAUUGAUAGGAUAGUUACUUAGCACUGCAUUGGAUACAAGACUAUUAUUAUGCAUGUGUGUUUGUGUCAGACCCCUCUAAUCACUGCCUCAUUGGCAGUCCCCCCCCCCCAUGGAGCGCCCUCCCAUCAGAUUUCAAGGAGAUAAACAACUACAUAACUUUUAGAAGAUAUCUCAAGGCAGCCCUGUAUCAGGAAGGUUUUUUUAAUGUUUGAUGAUUUAUUAUGUUUUUAUAUGUGCUUGAAGCCACCCAGAGUGGCUGGGGAUAAUAGUAAUAAUAAUAAUCAUCAUCAUCAUCCUUGGAUCCAGUAAGUGUUAAAAGCUGUUCAAGCAUUCUGAUUCUGGGAAAUAGCCAUGCUAAAUUCCUGGUGUGGUGAUGGGGGAUUAAGGGGCUCAGUUUGAGACAGCAAAUGGGUGAGGCCUUCUCCCUCAACAGAAAAAGCCAGAACUGAGAGCAGAGCUUGCAGUGAUGUGACCUAGAGCAAGCUAGAGAGAGUGAGAGCGCGUGCAACGUUAGAUUUCUGUUUGAAUCCAAGGCUACAGCUAUGGGAAAAACAAGACUCAUUUGUGAACCCCUCAGUUGCAGGAUCAGGUUGUAUAUCUACAAGUAAAUCAUAUAUCAUAAAGAUACCAGUGUCUUCACUGUGCCUCAUUUCCUAAAGAAAACAUGGUAAGUGCCUGGAACCACUGGAAUCUCGCACCGCUAGAAGAUUGGGGUGGCGUGCAACGCCAAAUAUUGCACUAUUGCUAGCAAAUAUCUGUAAAAGUAUUAACUAUUAAGUCUAAAAUGUCAUGUAUGUUACUGGCUGACAUUGGAUUUUUGACAACACAUUCUGCUUACUACCUCGGUCUUGUAUACUAUUAGUGCAUUUCUAAUACAAGUGCUGAUGUCAUAGCUGAAACUGAACUUUACAAAUAAGCGUCCUGUUUUGUGUAAAAUUUAUUUCCCUAAAGAUUGCAGAUAUGGCCUGGCUAUGCAGCCAGUAUCCGGAGAACAGACGGGGGACUAUUCCUGUUGGCUGAUGUUGUACACAAGGUUAUUCGGAAUGAUUCUGUCCUGGAUUUCAUGUGAGUUAGAACUCUGAAUGACAUUUUGAAUAUUGGGAAGCAUUGCAUGAAAUUGGGCUACUCAGUAUCUCAAAGCCAAGCAGUCAAAAUAUUCCUGAAAUAAGUCCAUGAGAGAAACUCUCAAUGUGUAUACUUGCACUGGUUUGGUCCCAAUGGAACUAUGACAAUGAGAUAACCGGAUUUCAGUCUCUGUUUCAUGAAUCUUCUUUUGGUCAGCCCAAAAAGGGACUCUAAAUUAUAUAUAACAUGCUUAUAAGAACCUCAUUCAAUACAAGCCUCAUACAAUGACAACAAUUCUUAACAUAAUAAAAACUCAAUGCAUUACACUUGUAUACAUAUGUAAGUGUUAUGCAUUGUAAUCUGCCGACCAGUAGUGUAAGGUGAGAUGUCGGAUACAGCUGCCAGGAGCUGGAUUCUAGACCUACUACGCUGCUUUUUCACCUACAUGCAUAUAUACAUACAUGAAUAGGCUCUCCUCCAAUCAAGAAUUCCAUUUCAGACGUCACACCUAUCAGUCCUACUCUAUCUGUGAGAUAACGUAUGUGUGAGAUUAUGUAUCUGCAACAAACCUCUUUGGAGAGGUUGAUUAUUACAAAUAUGUAAGAACAUCAUAGUAUGAAUAUGCUUUGCUACUAUAAGGAACUGGUUUCAGUCACAUCUGUAAAAUAUAUAAAGUUCUCAUCUAAUAAUUAUACUUGUCUAUAGCAGUUUCAAGUUUUCAGAGAGUUUCACAUGUGUUAUCCAGUUGUAAAUCUUACAAUACUGUAAGGUAAAUCAUCGUUAUGGUCUCAUAAUGCACUUGGGGGGAUUCGGAGAGAAUACAGUAGCUUGCUGAAGGCCACCUCACAGGUUUGUGAUAGAAGUGAGAUUCAAGCUCAGUACAGUAGGCUCACAACUUGUGCACAUUUAACUUGUGCACAUUCAGCUUUACAUGUGUGGCACAAAUUUUUAAUGGAAAGGGUGUGGGAUUCCAGGGAAAAUAACUUUGGCAGUCCCACUCCAUUGAACCCAAUGCAUUUUGGCUAUAUGCAGUUUUGGCUUUAGCUGCAAUCCCCGGAACAUAACCUUUAUGUAAGUUGCGGGCUUACCAUACUUCCAGCUGCAGUUCUUCACCAGCUCCAGAUAUGUCAGCUCAAAGUGCAUUCCUUUUCCCAAAGGCAUGCAAUUUACCUACAGAGUCGAGAGAACUUCCAAGAUGAGUGUACAAAGCAGCUAAUUGGCAACAUUAUAAUUACCCGUUACAACAACAACACUUACCGUAUUGAUGACAUUGACUGGAACAAGACACCAAAGGACAGUUUUACCAUGUCUGAUGGAAAGGAGAUCACCUUCAUAGACUAUUACAGGUAAGAGGUGCUGCUUAAACACUUGAAGUGUUAGCAGGAAACGAAGUACUUAAGGUUAAAACACCUGUUGUCUUCAUUUUAUAUGAUUCGUGUUCCUUUCCUCUGGCUUAAUGACAAUUAUUUUUAGUUUGUUAUUUUUGUAACUUACAUUUGGUUACAAAAUGAACCUAUUGCUCUUUAAUCUGCAUAAUAUUCCUCUUCCAGUAAAAACUAUGGAAUAACCAUCAGGGAAGUCGACCAGCCACUUCUGAUUCACAGACCCAAUGAAAGAAAGAAUCCUUCAGGGAAGGUGAGUUGUUGACCUUGCACUAAUGGCAGUUCAAGUGCCAAUGUCAUGGGACAACAAAGUUUUCUAUCUGCAGUUCUCAGAAGUAGGUCAUGUGAUAACUAGCUUAUACAGGGAAGGACUUUCAGUAGUUUGAGAGGUGUUUAGACUUCGCUCAGGUUGUCAAAGGGAAGUAAACCCAACCCUUACUAACAUAUUACCUGGUUGUUACUAUACCAUUUCUGAUAAUGCUUGUCAUUUGUAACCUAAAUCAAAUUCUCCCUUGAGCCAUUAAAUUUAACUGUUGCUUUGGGAGCUAUCAAAUUCUUUGAGAAUUAAAAUAGGGAAAUAGUGAUUUAGCUCUGUAUGUAUAAGAUACCUAAUAUGCCAUUCACCAUAAAGCCCAGGGCAGUUACACCAGUUUAAUCAUACAAUUAAAAAGAGGUAAAACUGAUUAUACAUUUUUAAAAAGAAAUCAAUUUCAACAGAAAGCAACACAGUAUGUUAAACCUAUCCUGUAACCAGCAGCCUUCUCUUCACAACUUUACAAUCUGACUGGGUUUUGGCCCCGCAUGCUGUACUAAUAUUCAUUGUCUCUAAUUAUCCUGCAGCUGCAAAAGGGUGAAAUCCUCCUGCUGCCAGAGGUCACCUUCCUGACUGGAAUUCCUGAGAAAAUGAAGAAAGACUUCAGAGUCAUGAAGGUGGUGUGAGAUUAUUUGCUGCAAUUGAAUAGAAUUGAAUUUUUUUGCAAGUCUCCAAUUUCUUACUUCAAAAAGCUUACCCAGAAACCAAGUUUUAGGGCAUAAUCUGAUAUUUUGUUCAGUGUCCCAAAGCAUAGUGUUCAGAGCUCUUCUAUUCUUCAUUAGCAGAAGCCAGAGUUCUGUGUGCCUACUUUUUUCAUUUGAUGAUGGAUAGAGAUUGGACUCUAGCAAGAUGGCAGGAGGUUGGGCAUUUGAUGACCAGAAUUUUUGGCUUGGCUAACAGAGCCAAAACAAUUGUAGAUCACUUUGCUAAGUUAACCAAUUGGUGGUGGUGUUUUCUCUGCAGAUACAUUAUUUGAUUAUUUUUAUUUAUUUAACAAAAUUUAUAUACCACUUGAUUGUAAUAAAACCUCUAAGUCAGAGCUUUCCAAACUUUUUAUGUUGGUGACACACUUUUUAGACACGCAUCAUUUCACGACACAGUAAUUCAGUUUUACUAGCAAGCCAGAGGUUUAACUAACCCUUUUCUAGCCCUGGGACGAGCAUGGGGAGCGUUCGCACGACACAUCUACACACUGCAACUGACACACUAACGUGUUGCAACAAACAGUUUGGAAAGCUCUGCUCCUUUUAUUUUAUUUUUUAUUUUGACAAAGUAAUACUAAUAAAUAAAAUGUAAAUAAAAAUGUGCACCCCACUGCUGAGACCAUUCCAUUGUAACUAUCCAGCCUCCCAAAAUUUCAACACCUCUUGCGAUGGUUUGACCCCUUUCCAUUUUAACAGUACAAAUUAUACAAAUACCUUCCAUAUUUCCUCAAAAUAAUUUCUCCUGCAUAUUCCCCGUCUUACCUUAAUAGCACAUGUUAAUUUAUCAUUAAUGGCUAUAUCCCACACCUCUUUAUACCAUUCUUCCAUUUUCUAUUCUGCUUGCCCCUUCUAUUUCCUAGCUAUAAUAAAUCGUGCAGCUGUCAAUAAAUUUGUGAGCACGUCAUUCAUAGCCUGUGAACCUUCCACCCCAUUGUAAAUUUAUAAUAAUGCUACCUCUGGACUUUUGGUCAGCUUUAAAAGCUCUGCUCUAAGUGGUUUGAAACUACCCAUCUUGGUGUCACAAUAGUUUAUGACAUGGUCAGCCAUGGUAUUCUUAAGGGGUGUCUCACUAAGAUAAAUUGCAGCUGAGCGCUGUACUUAUAUGGCUCUCACCAGUCAUUCCUGAAAGGGAGGUAUUUGCAGGUCGUGCUACUUAUCCAUGUUACUAGUGUAGUGCCACAAUAAUAUAUUAAAACUUGACUUUCAUCUGAUCCUAGCGAGAUGAUGGAGCCCAUGAAUCUGAUGGAAUGGGAUUAGGUGGGGUGAAUAAACUUAAUUUACAAGAUAGAAUUAUUGAUUGAAUGUGGGAGCAAGUUUACAAGGGAAGUAGAUGUAUAUGGGCUGCUACAGUUGGGGUUGCAUCUUUAAACAUCAGUUUGUCAGCUUGAGUGCAGUUCUGAAUAAAGCACUGCUUUUGGGUGUCCUCUUGGCAGCAGUGGCCAAGAGUGCAUUUUACCACUUGUUCUUUUGGCUCAGCUAUGCCCUUUUUGUGGAGAAAGCAGACAUGGUCAUGUUGGUGGCCUGGAGGCUGCAUGCAGACCUCAUUUUACAUGCCCCGCCCCCGAAGCUGCCUCUUUUCAUUUCAUCACAGUUCAUUCCUUUGUUCCUUCUUUACAAUCUGAUUUUUCUUUAUUUUUUUUAGUGUCUCCCCAUCUUUCUAUGUAGCCUCAGAAAGCUAUAUUUGAAAGGGUAGCAUUAAAAAAAAAGGGGGGGAAUGUAUGGAUUGUUUGCUUUUUCCUGUUUGUAUAGUUUGGGGAGGAAGAGAAUUUCCCCCUGCAAUCUGUCUGAGAACAAGUUUAAUAGGCUUGCUCUACAUAUGUGGUGCACACUAAAGUCAGAAAGGAAUUACAUUCAUCUGCUCUCUAGAACAGAGCAAUAUUAGUUUUUGUACUAAAAAAAUAAUAAUUCUCUGUACACUUACUUGAGAGUAACCCCACCAGACUUGACAGAACUUACAUCUUUAUAGACCUGCAUAGGAUUGGGAAUUCUAAUCUAAUAAAAUUAUGGUGAAAAUUGAAGCAAGGCAGUUUGCGUUCCUGAUUUAGUUAACCCACAGCAGUUUUUCCUGUGGCUUGGCCCCUCAUUGGCUCCAGCUCUGCCCACUGCCAGCUUGUCUGCCAACAGAUUAUUGCCCACGAGAAUACGACUCUCAACAGAAAACAGGUUGCCCACUUUUUCUUUUAACUGAUAAAAGUUGCUGGUUUGCUGGAUAGUGUAAUAGCUUCUCUUGACAUUCCUUCACAAGCUUCUUCGUCCUCCUGCUACAGGAUAGUGUCCCAGUCUGUCCUAUGUUUUGUUCCUGGCACUCAUCUGCUAUAAAUCUUCAUCUUCAUGAAUAAGAUAAUUUUGUAGUUAAGGGCAUGCGAAAAAAGACUGUGUAUGAUUUACUUGUCCUACAAGGUAUCCCCCCCCCCCCCGCAUUAUUUGAACCUUCUUGUUGAAUCAGAACUUUCAGUGCAGGUGGGUUGUGACUUCUAAUCUGAAUAUAGCUUCAUUAAAUGGUUCAAAAUUACUUACAUGAGGUACGUCUUGUACUGAUAAAAAAAAGAAACAUAGAAGCUCAGAAGGCGAAGAACCACUGUCUUCCAAGCAGUUGAUUUGCCUAAAUCUCUUUAAAAAUACAUGGUGAAGCACAUGCAGAUACAAAUUUCAUUUUUUCCCCCUCCCCACCUACCACUUUGGUCCCUCUUAUUAGGACCUUAGCCAGCAGAUCAACCUGAGCCCUAAACAGCACUACCUAAGUUUGAGACAGCUUCUGAGCAGAAUUGAGAAGAAUGAGACUGCCCACAAUGAAUUGUCAAGAUGGGGACUUCAUUUGGACAAUGAUGUGCAUAAGGUAUUUGAAUCAAGGAGCCUCUGUCUUUACAUUAGUCUUGUCUGAUGACAUCAUUCUGAAUUCUGAUUCAAACAUGACCUCCAUAGCAACUGAUCUGCUUUUAGAAGAAAUAUAAUUAUGUGUUAAAUAUAUUUAACAAUUGGAUACCCUUUUCAGGUUAUCAGUAACUUCAGCCUUGAUAUGGUUUAGAAAAGCGUAGAACAUUUUUUCUACAGGUUCCAAUAAACAAUAAGUUUCACAUUUAUUUACUAUUUAUUUCAUAAAAUUUAUACACUGCUUGAGUGUAAAGAACAGCAACCUAAAAAUAGUUUACAAAAUGAUAAAACAAAUAAAAUCAAGACAAGUUUACAGCCAUAUUUUAAAAACAUAUAGUUAAAAUACCAAUGGAUUAAAAUUACCUGAACUUUCUAAGCAUCUGGGUAGGCUUGUCUAAAUUCAAAUGUUUUUAGCAAAUGCUGAGAAGAAUACAGUGAAGGCCCCUGCUUGAUCUCAGUAGGCAGGGAGUUCCAAAGUGGAGGUGCUGCCACACUAAAUGACCGAAUUCUGACAAAGGCGCAAUGGAUAUUACAAGGUACUUGUAGUAGUGCCUGUUCUCCCAAUCAAAGCAAUUGAGUGGGCACGUGUGGGGUAAGGGGAUCUUGUAGGUAAACUGGUCCUAAGCUGUUAAGGGCUUCAUAUACUAAUAAUAGCACCUUGAACUUGGUCCUGUAGCAAAUGGGCAACCAGUGCCGAUCUCUGAACACAGGCGUUAGAUGCUGACAAGGCCUCCCUCCUGUCAGCAUUUGUCCUGCAGCAUUCUGCACCAACUGCAGCUUCCAGAUCAAGCACAAGGGAAGCCCCACAUAGAGCGCAUUGCAGUAAUCCAGUCUUGCAGUAACCAACACAGAAACUUCCUUGGCAGAGCUUUCCCAGUCCAGGAAUGGCCAUAGCUGUCAAACCAGUUGGUAAAAGGCUUUCUGAGCUUCCAGUGACAGAGCUGGAUCCCCAAACUUCACCCCCAAACUGUGAAUCUGCUCCUUCAGGGGGAGUGCUGUCUCAUCCAGGGUAGGCAGCUGACCAGUUACUCAGACAUAGGAGCUACUCACCCCACAGUGCUUCUGUCUUGCCAGGAUUCAAGCUUGGCUUGCUUUUCCUCGUCCAUUUCACCACUGCAUCCAUGCAGUGGCUCGGGGAAUUGCACUGCCUCUCCUGAUUCACAUGUUAUGGAGAAAUGGAGCUGAAUAUCAUCAGCAUACUGGUGGCACCUCACCUCCAAACGCCUAAUGAUCACUCCCAAUGGCUUCGUGUAGAUAUUAAAUAGCACUGGGCAUAAGCGAGUCCCCCGCAGCACCCAGAAUUUGCUGCCAAGGAGUGUGGUGGAGUCUCCUUCUUUGGAGGUCUUUAAGCAGAGACUUGACAACCAUAUGUCAGGAGUGCUCUGAUGGUGUUUCCUGCUUGGCAGGGGGUUGGACUCGAUGGCCCUUGUGGUCUCUUCCAACUCUAUGAUUCUAUAAUGUAGCCAUUCUCCCAAUGCUACUCCCUGGACUCACUUUUGAAGGUAGGAUUGGAACCACUGUAAAACAGUGCCCCGAAUCUUCAUUCCCCAGAGCCAGUCCAGGACAAUUAUCACGGCUGAUGGUAUCAAAAGCUGACGAGUUCAAAAGCAGGAGUAAAGUUGCACUCCCCCUGUCCCGCUCUCUGCAAAGGUCAUCCAUCAGAGCAACCAUGGCUGACUCAGUUCCAUGGCCAGGCUUGAACUCAGAUUGAAUGGUUUUACAUAAUCUCUGUUCUCCAAGAAUGCCUGCAGCUGCCCCGCCAUGACCUUCCCCAGAAAGCCUCUCAGUGCAGUAGGAACCACUACCUCACCCAGUGAAGUGUUAAGCAACCUCUGGACCCAGUAGGGGUCAAGGGAGCACAUGGUCAGAUGGGAGCAAUUGUGUCAAUCACCUGCUUCAUCUUGCCAUUGCAUAGGGAGACCAAGGCUUCAACAGGAUCACCAGUUUUCUCCACUGGGAAAUCCCCUGGAGCAUUCAGGGACACAUCAAGCUCCUUAAGUCUUUGAGGGCAGGCCAUCCAAAUGGGUCCACACCUCUUAAACAGGGGAUUUGCCACUAUCAGUCAGGCUUAACCAGAUAAUGGUCUGACCAUGAUCUUCAGUCUGUCCCUCAUGUUACUUGCCCAUGAAACAUUUGCUCUUUAUGCAUAUUGCUGCAGAUGGUGUAUUCAUACUUCUAGAGAAAGUUAUCCUAGUUACAGAUAAAUUAUUCAGGUUGCAAAACUCUGUUGGUUGCACUUUAAAACACAAUAAAAAGAAAACAUUUAAGUUGUAGCAUAGUUCUUAAUUAUCAGCUGGAUAGCUUGGUUGGUUAGAGCUUGGUGCUGAUAACACCAAGGUUGCAGGUUCGAUCCCCGUAAGGGACAGCUGCCUAUUCCUGCAUUGUAGGAGGUUGGAUUAUCCUCAGGGUCCCUUUCUAUGAUAAAGAAGAACAAGCCAGUUAACACACAAAUAUUUUAAUGAUAAUUAGAGUUCAAAUAAUAGUUACAGCAUAAAAUAUUCUGCAAAAAAGUUUACAAAUGCUGCGUUGUUCACUAUGGAGUUCACCCUAUGCUUCUGGAAGCCGUCAAGAGUGGUGGUAAUUGGAAGGCCCCUAGUUUCAGUAGUCAUUUUGCUCACAGGCCACCAAUCCUGGUGGAAUGCAUCGUAGGCAGCUCAUAAAAAUCUCUGGCUAGUGAUCUGUCUCUGCAGUUGCAUCACCACCAUGACACAAUUUAGGGGAGAAGCUACCCUGGGAGUCAUUUUCCACCUAGACAAAUGGCUGACCAUUAGCUGAAGCAAAAUAAAAAAAAUCCUUCCAGUAGCACCUUAGAGACCAACUAAGUUUGUUAUUGGUAUGAGCUUUCGUGUGCAUGCACACUUCUUCAGUGUGUGCGUACACACUUAAACUUAGCUGUUUAAGUGUAUGGGGAAUCUAAUAUUUUGGGGUUGUUGUUCAUUGUUGAAGAGAUUCAAGCUUUUGUGUGACUAACCUAAGCAGAAAUAUGCUAUCCUUCAACCUAUUUGUUUCCCUGGUCCUGCUUCCCUCUUAUGGAAUCUUCUGUACUAGACAAAAGGACGUAUUCUCCCCAUGGAAAGAAUCAACCUGAAGAAUACCUCCUUCAAUACAUCAGAAGACCUAAACUGGUCCAAAGAAGUAGUCAGAGAGGCCUGCAUCUCUGCAGUAAGUUUGAUCUCAGACACUGACAAAAUUCCGCACUGAUAUAGUAGAUCCCACAUUCAUCUCUGUUUCCCAGAUUGCCUUCUAGAAUAUUUGAAAGAACACCUUCCUCUGGACCAGAGAUGAUUUUGGGUUAAUGAACUAGAACAGAGGUUUUCAACCUUUUUCAGUCCACAGCUCCCUUGACCAACUACAUUCUUUCUGCAGCUCCCUUAAGGAGAAACGUGCUCUGAGCCUCAGAAGCCCACACCUUGCCUACAGAGCUGGCAGCCCCUCACCCCUUUUUGAACACCCUCCCUUGUGUAGUGUUCUCUCAGCCUCCUCUUCCCUCCCCCCUCUCCUUGGGAGUCCUCUGGGCAGCUGCUGCAGCUGCCCCUGGUCUGUGAGGCCCCCACCCACCCCAAAUAGAGGUGCCACCUCAUACUGCCCCACAGGGGCCUGGGAAGAAGAUGCCCCAGCAUUAGUGGCCUAAUGGAGACUGCCAAAGGUGAAUGUGAGGCCUUGGAAGUACUCACUUUGGUAGGAAGCAGUGGCAGCAGCAGGUACCUCUGGGCUUGCAUGGUGGAAAGGCGUCCUGUCAGUGCCGGAUACUCAGCUCCCAGGAAGGCAUUGCACGCAGCAAGCACAAGAAAGGCUAGCACAGUGCCUGCCUGCCCAGCCUCCCACUUGUCUGUCCGUUCCCAACAGCAAGGGUUGGUGGACUAGCUGGCUGGGCUCCCUCAUCCACUUCUUCUUUACAUCAAGGCCACCUCAGCUCCUGGCAACCAUUAGCCUGGGGAGCUUGUAGCCAGGGCCACUGCAACAAACAGCUGCACAAGCCUUUGGAAUGCAGAGAUGUGAGAGGGCAUCAGAGGAGGGAGGGAAGGAAAGAGGGACCCCUGAGCAUCAUUCAAGGUGCCCCAGGGUGCCAUGGCACACUGGCUGAAAACCACUGAACUAGAAGGAUUACCAGUUGCCUGAAAAUGCCCUCUUCAACUGACAUUCAGAGGAGAGACUAGCUCAUGUUCACCCCAAGGAGCUGUGAAUCCACAUACAGUGGUACCUCUGGUUCGAACGGGAUCCGUUCCGGAGGCCCGUUUGCAACAUGAAAAGAGCGCAAUCUGAAGCGCCAUAUCUGUGCAGGUGCUCUGCGCAAUUUGGCGCUUGUGUGCAUGCACGAAGCGUGAUUUAGUGCUUCUGUGUGAGCGGUGAAACCCGGAAGUAACCCUUUCCAGUACUUAUAGGUCGCCGCGGGACGUAACAUGAAAGAAUGUAACAUGAAGCAAACGUAGCAUGAGGUAUGACUGCACUAGUGAGACGGUUAACACAGCUAUCUUUAUUUUUACAUGACAGAUCUGAAAUGGUUGGCAUCCUUCUGUCUCAGGAGAUAAUGGAGGAGUGCGUUUUUGGUGAUGAAGUCAAACUGUUGGAAGGCUACAGCGCCUACUGUGGCUGUAGAAACCAAUAUGGCAUAGACGUGUUUUGUUGCAUCUGGGGCCGAUGAAGGCAUCCAGUUAUGCGGUUGCACAUGCACCAUGGCAUUUUUUCUUCUCCGCAUUCCUCCCUGCAGUCGUUACCAUUGCUUCUGCCACUGGAAGAAUGUCCCCCUCAAUGGUGAGAGGGAGGCGUUGUGGCACAUGGCAUUAUUGCUUGGCUUUCCUGACCCCUGCUGGAGAAGCCAAGGAGCAACGCUUUGUGGAAUGCCUGACUCCCACCGAGUUUGGGGAGAGCCAGUGUUUUCCAGUGGUGGAAGUGUGUGAAGAGGGGCAUGGUAUGACAGUGGAAAUGGGGAUGUAGGAGGCAGCAAUUGCCAUUUUGCCUUGGGUGGCAAAAUGGGGUGAGCCACCCUCUCUCCAAGCAGAAAUCUACCAAUUUUUCCACCUGUCUUUCUACUUACAGAGCAGGAAAUAUGGGUGGACUUCCUUGGCAGGAGAUGGAGAAGAAGAUUCCUGCCUACCAUUGUUUGGGGUCUGUUUAGUGAUAGAAGUGAAUAGUUGAACCUAGUAGUGAUAAGAUCAUAAGAGGUUUUGUGAGUAGUCUGUAUCAAUCCUUUUGAGUUGGAAGAGGCUGCACUACGUAUGCUGACUUCAGUUCUCUUCUUAGAUUCCAGUUCAUUACUGGGCACUGUUUUAUCCGAAGCGGACAAUAGAGCAAGCACGUGAACUGGUCAGCAUGAUGCAGAAGAUCUCUGGCUCACUUGGUAUCCAGAUAACUCCACCUGCUUGGAAUGAAUUGAAGGAUGACCGAAUAGAGACUUACGCCAGAGCUCUCAAAUCACUACUAAGCAGUGAGGUAUUUUCAUAACGGAGUUUUGAGUAUUGAAACUUUCUAGUUGGUAUUGCUGAAAUAGCAACAAAGGGCAUUUUAUUGUAGAUAUAGUAGUGGACAUCUAAUGAGUAGAAGUAUUAAUGAUUGUAGGUGCAGUUCUGUGCAUCUCGUGUCUUCUACAUUUCACUGAAGCCUUAUGGGAAACAAUAAUUGGCUAUAACUGCCAGCUUAAAUACAGUGGUGCCUCGCAAGACGAAAUUAAUUCGUUCUGCGAGUUUUUUUGUCUUGCGAAUUUUUCGUCUUGCGAAGCACGGUUUCCCAAAGUCUUCAAAAUCACCAAAGUCUUCAAAAACCUCAAAAAAGGCUACCACACCGCGUGCUAUGAGUUGCUCCUCGAAGUCAAGUCGCAACUGCACCUCUUCAAGCAAUGCACCCUGGGUAGUAACGGUUUUAAGAAAAAGGAAACAAACUUGCAAGACGUUUUCGUUUUUCGUCUUGCGAAGCAAGCCCAUAGGGAAAUUCGUCUUGCAAAGCAACUCAAAAAACGAAAAACUCUUUCGUCUUGCGAGUUUUUCGUCUUGUGAGGCAUUCGUCUUGCGAGGUACCACUGUAUAAUGAAGUUUGCUGGGUUGCUCUGUAAUAUACAACAAAUGUCUCCAUAAUAUCCUGUCACCCGAAGUAUAAAUUGACUUGGCAUUUAUCCAAUUAACUUCUAUAUAAUAAGCUUCUUUAGCAUUCCAGGUUUUCUAGUAGCCUGAAUAUGAUGGGAAAGGGUGUGGUUUAAUGGUCUAGUCAACAUUCUACAGGAGCCAGGUGUUAUUGGGGGUUGUUGAGGUGUUUUGUUUUUAUUUUGAUUAUGUAUUUUGUGGUUUUGUAUUCUGAUUUUAUCCUGUGAACCUGAAAACUGCAGGUAUAGGGUGGUAUACAAACCUGCAGGUAUAGGGUGGUAUACAGAUUUAAUUAUUAUUAAUAACAAGGGCGGAAUUAUAUAUUAUGAACACAGCAGUCUGCUGAUGAAAUCUUCAUGUCAAGUUCUCUGCCUUCUUGUUGGAGUGAUGCAAAACACUCCAGUGCCUAAUGUUAUGAGGUUUCCUGCCUGUCACCAGCAGCGGUAGCGGCCUGUGAUGAGGCAAGCUGAAAGUGAUCAUAACAUUGGGAAGAACUCUGCAUGGAGAGGCUGUUUUUCUAGUAGUACCAUGUUGGGUGUAUUUAUCUUAAUCCAAAAUUGCCAGGUAAAAUUGAUACUGAGCCCCAACAUGGGGGAAGCAAACUCUUAUCAGUUUUUUUUUGUGGGAUUGGGCAACCACUUUCAUCUCUUCGGAAAGAGGGGAUAAUUCAUUGCUUUGCUUUAAAUUGGCUUUUAUAACUUCAUUGCACAAUCACAUCUGGCUACAUGGCAUAGUAAUGUCUUCACACUGAUUUGGCUGGAAAGAAACAGUCCUGGUUGAGUAAAAGUGAAGCAGCUGAUGAGAGGGUUAAUGCAUAGUUAAGCAUUGUAGGUUUGGGAAAAAUAUUUAAGAGCACCCUGGAAAUCCAUUUUUUAAUACUGUAAACACUCAAUUGUGAACAUGUUGUCAAAAUCCUAGGUUAGACUAUUAUGGGUAUUUUAUUUGCCCAUAGGGAUGCGGGUAGCAGUGGGUUAAGCCACAGAGCCUAGGACUUGCCGAUCAGAAGGUCAGCGGUUCAACUCCCCGCGACGGGGUGAGCUCCCGUUACUCGGUCUCUGCUUCUGCCAGCCUAGCAGUUCGAAAGCACGUCAAAGUGCAAGUAGAUAAAUAGGUACCGCUCCGGCGGUAAGGUAAAGGGCGUUUCCGUGCGCUGCUCUGGUUCGCCAGAAUGCUGGCCACAUGACCCAGAAGCUGUACGCCGGCUCCUUCGGCCAGUAAAGCGAGAUGAGCCCCGCAACUCCAGAGGCAUCCACAACUGGUCAGGGGUCCCUUUACCUUUACCUUUAUUUGCCAUAAAGUCAUAGCCAGAUUGAAAACUGUGAAUGCUCAUGUUCUUUGAUGAAAUUUUGUGCUGCAUAAAUACCAUUAAACGUUGGUCAAUAUAGCAGUCAGCCUGCUGUUUCACAGCUUGUACAGUUAGAACAUGAUUAUGCAACUAGAGUAUUUCCUGUAAACAAUUUUAGCUCUUUCAUUAUUUAUUUUAUUUACUGCUUUUAUAUCCCACUUUUUUUCUCCAAGAAGCCCAAUGUGGUGUGCAUGGUUCUACCUCUCCUCAUUUAAUCCCUACAACAACUCUGUGAGAAAAUUAGGCUGAGAGGCAGGGACUGGCCAAGGUCACCCAGUGAACUUCUUGGCCAAGUGGGGCUUUGAACCCUGAGCUCCCAGGUCCUAGUCCAACAUACUAACCACUACACCAUACUAGCUCUGAUACAGUUCCCCAUGAUUAUAGCAUUUACUGUUCUAGUUUUUGAUGUGGUAAUGUUAUUCUUUUGUAAGUCUAACCAGUAGUCCCUCCCCCUCCCAUUUUUUAAAGGAAACUCUACAGUUGGUAGUUUGCAUUAUCACUGGGACUAAAGAUGACUUGUAUGGGGCCAUUAAAAAAUUGUGCUGUAUACAAUCUCCGAUACCUUCUCAGGUAAGUCAAAUAGUUGACUGCAUAAUUCUUAUGCUGAUCAUGCUUUGGGCACCCAUGCCUACCUGAAGGCUUGCAUGAACAUCAGAUGUGCAUCCAGAAUCCACCCAACUGCUGGGUCUGCAUAUGCCUGGAAGGAGGGCAACUGUAGGGCCCCUUAUGGACUUUGUUUGCACCAUCUAUGAAAGAUUCUUGUAUUCCCAUAUAGUACCUUUCUUUAGGAAUAUUCCUAUCUUUCUUUCUUCAUGCUGUACUGCUUUUUCAUAAACGGGAAACUUUUUGUGCAGUACUGCCCCGGAUUGGAUACAAAGCGUUGCCCAUUGAGACUGCUAAGCAACAACAUUCACAUAAAAUAGGAUGCUUCUGUGUAGUUUUCCAUCAAGUUUUAUUCAAUAUUUUCCCCACUUAACCUGCAACAACUCUAAAAGGAGCAGAGGAAAGAAGAAAUAUAAAUGUUUUGGUUUAGAGUAUGUUAAGGACUGCCUUCUUCCAUAUGUUUAGGGAGGUUUUUAAUGUUUGAUCUUUUAUCAUGUUUUUAGUGUUCUGUUGGGAGCCGCCCAGAGUAGCUGGGGAGGUCCGGCCAGAUGGGUGGGGUAUAAGUGAUAAACUAUUAUUAUUAUUAUUAUUAUUAUUAUUAUUAUUAUUAUGUUUAUUAUUAUUAUGUUUAUUAUUAUUAUGUUUAUUAUUAUGUUUAUCCCCACAUGCUCUGUGCAGUGUCUGAGGGCUUGUUCCAGAUUGCCAAAGCUGUGCAAGGUGUCACAGACACUGAUGAGGAGCAAGACCUUCAUGUUGGUUCCCAUCUUGUGAAAUGCUCUUCCAUAUGAAAACCACCAAGAACAGACAUUGUAUAUCUUCAGACUGGUGUAUAUUGUUGAAAACCAGUUUGAAAUCACAUUGUGAUAACCAGUUCAAAAUAUCUGCCCUGAUGAUAAACUGCAUGAAGCCAACUUUGCUGACUCAGCUCUCCCCUGUCUCCUGCAGGGGACAGCAAACCACAGAGCAGGCACAGACCGGGAACUUUGCUCUGGUGCCGCGGCCAUAAGCUUCUUUUCCAGGCAGGCUGAAAGGUGCUGGGAGCCGAGUUUAAAAAAAUAAAUAAACCUUGCCACCUUUAAGCCUCUUCUUUCCUCCCUUCCUAUUUCCCUUCUCCCCUUCUGUCUCUCACACACCCAAGCACAGAAGGAGGGUUAGAGAUCAUACUCAGAAUAAUCUGAAGGUAAGUAAGAUGAUAGAGAGGAGCUUAUUGUAGGUGAUUGUUCCUUGGAUAGCUCAGUUGGUGGAACAUGAGACUCUUAAGGAUUAAGAGCUCAAGAGUCUUUGGGCAAAAGAUUCCUGCACUGCUGGGAGUUGGACUCUUAUGGGCCUUUCCAACUCUACACAAUAGGCUGGUUAGCGUUCAAAUGGAAGGUGGAUGAAGGGUGAUUGGUUAAUGUCUUGCUUGGUGUUAAUGGUGCUCAAUAUGUUCUUCUUCCAUCAGGUUAUUAAUGUUCGAACAAUUACAACCAAUCCUAGCAAAUUUAGGAGCAUAGCGCAGAAAAUUCUGCUGCAGAUAAAUUGUAAGCUAGGUGGCGAACUCUGGGGUGUGGACAUCCCUCUGGUAAGUUAUAUAAAAACUUACUUUUACUUGGGGAAAACUUAAUUGGUAAGCAUACCAUAGUGAGACUUGCAGAUCAUGCAACAAGGUUGCAACUUUGUCUCUUUUAAUUCCAGUGCUUUCUCCAGUGCAGUGGUGUUGUUUUUUAAAAAAAUCUGUCUGUAUUGAUUGCAGUUUUGAAUUAUGGACACACUAACUACUGCACUGCAACGGGAUUUUUUUUAAAAAAUAUUUUUUUGCUUUCCAGAAAAAGUUGAUGGCAAUUGGAAUGGAUGUAUAUCAUGACCCCAGUAGGGGAAAGCGUUCUGUGGUUGGUUUUGUGGCAAGCAUCAAUCAGUAAGUACAGUUUGUUUGGAAAGACCUUUAACUUUUUGGUGUCUGGGAAUGAAAGUCUGUUCCAGAACUGUGCUCACUGUUGUGUCCCAAGCAGCCAUUGUUAACAGCUGUGGAUGAAGAUUUGAGUUCCAUGUAUCCUUUGACCAGUGUUUCAGAAAAGUUUAGAUAUAGCACAGCUACUUUCUCAGAAAUCAGGAAAUAGCUUCACACAUUUCCAAGCCAGGAUGAAUUCAUACCUCUUAUGCAGGACUUUUUUUUCAGCCAGCACUCAGGUGGGCGUCAUUGCCAUUCUAAGAGAAUGAAGGAGGUGUUCAUGAUGAGUUACAGCCUCUUUUUCUAGAAAAAUAGCACUGCUCUUAAGGCUCCAGCCUCUUCAUGUCUCCACUCCCCUUGCCUGUAUUACACUAGAGUAUAAUAAGUGCCAUGGCAGUGGUAGCAGGCUGGAAAGGAAAAGAAAUUUCAUUCUCCACUCCCUCCCUGUUUUGGAUGCAGUGUGGCAAGCAUAGUACCCUCUGGUAAAUGUAGGUUUGCCAUUUUUCAAAAAGUGGAAAUCUGGACAGUUUUUGAACUGUUUUUAAGGAAAAUUGUCAAAAACGACACUGCAGACACGGGUUGCCAUAUGUCCAGAUUUUCUGGGAUGCUUCAUCGAUUUCCGCCCAGACACAGCUUCCGACCGUCGAUUGCCAACUAUUUCCAGGAAAUUUUGGACGUAUGGCAAUCCUAGGUAAAUGUCUUUUCCUCAAAGGCUAUUGAUGUCAUUUCUGGUAGGUGAGAAGGGAACCACCCUUCCUUCUCUCUGGCACUCCAGCCCAAAAAGUAGGUGGGAGUUAAAAGGAGGUUGGGGCUGGGUAGAGGGGGAUCUGGGGGUGCAGAAUUGAAGCUAGAUAAGAGUCUGGAGGUUGUCAUGGUCACUUUGCAUUUAAGGCAAGCUCUAUGAAUGCUUGGGACUUUCAGGACAUGGCACUAAAUUCAUUUUUGAAUCUGAUACCUGGGAUUCUUUUUUUCUUCCCUUUUUUUGCAAGCCCAAUAUACUGUAUUUUUCGCUCUAUAAGAUGCACUUACCCCCUCCUAAAAAGCAAGGGGAAAUGUGUGUGCGCCUUAUGGAGCAAAUGCAGGCUACACAGCUUUCGCUGAAGCCAGGAGAGCAAGAGGGAUCGGUACACACCAAUCCCUCUUGCUCUCCUGGCUUCAGGGAUAGCAGCCCAAAGCCUCCCGAGUGCAGCGGGAGCACUCCCGCUACGCUCCGGAGGCUUCGCGUUGCUUUUGCUGGAGAGGCGGUGCGUAGCUUUCCCUCUCUGCGCAGAGCCCCGUUUCUCCUCCCGCUUUGAUGGAGAGGCGCUGAGCAGAGAGGAAGAGAAUAUUUUUUGUUGUUGUUCUCUUCUAAAACUAGGUGCGUCUUAUGGUCGGGUGUGUCUUAUAGAGUGAAAAAUAUGGUAGAUUGAUACUGGAGUGUGGAAGGGAUUUGUUUAGUUCUUCAUUCUCAAAAUUGUCUUCCGGCUCUGUGAUGCAGUUUUCAACAGGAAAAGGGCUAAUCUCUCGUCUCCCUCAUCCCAUGCUGCAAUCUGGAUCCAGGUUGCAUGUCUCCCCUCCUGUAGCUGCUGCUUUUUUCUUUUCUUUUUAAAAGGAACAGCUUUUAUGCCUCCGAAUACCAAUUGCUGGGAAUUGCAGAUAGCGACUGUUCUGUUGUGCUUAGGUUCUGCUUGCAGGCUUCCCAUAGGCCUCUGGUUGGCCACCAUGAGAAGAGAGUUCUGGAUUAAACUGACCUUUGACCUGAUCUAGUAGGCUCUUAUGCUUUCAUGGGAUUCAAAGAUUCAGAUUCACAGGUUGCUUGUAUUUUAAUAAUCUCUGAUAAGGUUUCCAGAUGUCCUCUAUUUCCCGGACAUGCACUCUUUUCCCUGAUUAAAAUUUCCAUCUGGGCAGAUUUUUUAAAUUGGGCAAAAUGUCGGGCGGGGGUUGCUUGUUGUUGUUUGUUUGUUUACAGUAACCCCAGAAAAAAAUCCUAGUGCAUUAGACUCAGAUCUAAGCUAAUCUUCAACAGAGAAUCACAAAACAGAGCAGCAUCUUAAACUAGCUACAUACUGUAUAAAUCCAUUCUCUUGUGGCUGACUCACUGGCUCAGCUACGGGAUCUUGGAGAAGAAGUCUGAGAAGGCAAGAGGCAUCUCCCUGCCUGUCAGCUUGCCAGCUGCAUGCGUUGCUGCACUUAGCAGAAAAACACUCCCGGCAGCCAGCCAUAAAUUCCUUUCUUUAUUUUCUUCUGACAAGAUUACAUGCAAGAAUAAACAAAGUCCAUCUCUCAUGACGCGUUGCUCUAACUACUUUCUCUUUUCCCUCUCCCUCGAGACCAACAGAGCCAACGGCUCAGCCCCUUCCGUUUUCCCCUGUGACGUGGAUCCCCCCUCUCUGAAGCACCCCUUCCUCCCCAGACUCACUAUCCUCUUCUCUGUCUUCUGAGGAGGACUCAGUACUGAGCACUGGAGAUCGUUCCCUGUAUCCUCUAAUUCUUUCCUCCCUCGCUGCCUGCAGUUCCCUGACACUGCCCUUCACGAGAGUCCAUAUGUACAUGUUCAACAGUUUAAUAAAUUGAGAUGUGCACACUGAUGUUCCCAAAGAUGGGAACAUGAGUCCCAAUACUUUCAUGUGGCAAGUAAGAGAGCAAAAUGUCGUAUGAUUAUUUGGUUGUGGAAAGUUAAGAACAUUGCUACUAGCAAUAUAUCGUAGCUUCUAUAGCCUACAUAUAGUAGGGUUAUUUAAAAUGAAAGUCGUCUUAGCGAUCCGUCGUUAAAAGUAGAAGUCCAAAAAGGUGUCCUCUUUUUGGCUCUUCAAAAUAUGGUAAACCUACCUAUCACUGCUUUUAACUGCAUGCCUGACAUCUGACAGUGGCUUGUUCCAAUUGCAUUGAUCGCUGAUUUGUUUCUAAUUCAUUGUGCUUAUGAGCAGUGUGAACAUGUUUAUUCGGGAAAGCUUUGGGUGUGAAUUUGCAUUUGACUGCUGAUAGUAGUUGCAGGUGGCGGUUCGAAUCCCUGCGAUGGGCUGAGCUCCCGUUGCUCGGUCCCUGCUCCUGCCCACCUAGCAGUUCGAAAGCACGACAAAAGUGCAAGUAGAUAAAAAGGUACUGCUCCGGCGGGAAGAUAAACGGUGUUUCCGUGCACUGCUCUGGUUCGCCAGAAGCGGCUUAGUCAUGCUGGCCACAUGGCCCGGAAGCUGUACGCCGGCUCCCUCAGCCAGUAAAGCGAGAUGAGCGCCACAACCCCAGAGUCGGCCACGUCUGGACCUAAAGGUCAGGGGUCUCUUUACCUUUACUAGUUGCAGUUAGUAUUUUGUCAGUAUUGCUUUAGAUGACUGUGUGUUGCUCAUUUUUCAUUAUGUUUAAACUUCUGAAGCGAGGUGUCUCUUUGUGAUGCAUUUCCUUUGGGGUAGGUAUUACAAGAUAAUAAAGAUAAUAAAUGACAAUUAUUGCCUACCUAUAUCUGAGUACAGGAGGGCAGCUUGGGCAAUGAGUGUACAACUGAUGGCUGAUACAGUAACUCAGGGCAUUUGAAUACUUUAAUUACUUUUUCUUGGUGUAAUAGGAUUCAUGCUUUGUAACCCUGUCUUGUUUAACCAUUAGUCAGUCAGUCAGUCAGUCAGUUUUAUUGCACAUAGCCAAAGGCUGCCACAAUGUACACAGGAUCAUUCAACAAUUAAAAGAAAAUAUGCUGAAUUAAUACAAAAAAACUUAUAAUAUUUAUAUUAUCCAGACAUUACCUACUCUAAACAGAGCUAUAAAAGUGUCAGGACUGGUCGUUGUCCUCUUCAGAUCACCACACAAACGCGUCUUGUUCUUUUAUAAAACUUUUUAUUGUGUAUUAACAAAACAUUCUUAUAAACGGUUCUUAACUAUUAUUCCUCAGAGUCACUUAUUUCAGAUACCUUCUGAGCUCUGCUUCUCCGUGACCAGCCACCCGCAAAAUGGCGAAGGCGCCCUUCCCUUCGUUUUCCCGCUCUUUUUCCUACCCUCCUGGCUAGAGCUGGCCUGUAUCUCCCCUCCUCCCAAUCUGAGCUAGAACUGAACCCUUGCCUUUCCUGGGAACAGCCGGUCCCUCCCUGUUGUUCCUCUUGCUCCCUUCUAUUAGAUGCACUGCUCUCCCUCCCCCCUUGGGGAAUGCUUUCUCCCUCUGAGAAACUGGAAACUUCUAACUCUUCCCUGACAAAAAGUACCUUAAUAUACAGGUUAAGACACUAAACAAUAAAAUUUAUAUGCUAAAAUCACCACAUGGCCACUAAUAUAUUAAAAAAUAAUGUUAAGUAAUACAAUGUGCAAUUAUAUUCAGAGUUUGGUGAUAAAGAUAGAAUAUAGCUUGAUGUAGAUAAAAAGGUAAAGGUACCCCUGCCUGUACGGGCCAGUCAUGUCCGACUCUGGGGUUGCAUGCUCAUCCCUACAGGCCGUGAGCCGGCGCCGUCCGAAGACACUUCUGGGUCACGUGGCCAGCGUGACGAAGCUGCUCUGGCGAGCCAGCACCAGCGCAGCACACGGAAACGCCGUUUGUUUACCUUCCCGCUAUAAAGCGGUCCCUAUUUAUCUACUUGCCCUUAAGAGUGCUUUCGAACUGCUAGGUGGGCAGGAGCUGGGACCGAACAACGGGAGCUCACCCCGCCACGGGGAUUCGAACCGCCGACCAUACAAUCGGCAAGUCCUAGGCACUGAGGUUUUACCCACAGCGCCACCCGCGUCCCUUUUCUUGAUGUAGAUAGGGUCAAAUAAAUUCAUCUCCUUUACAGUUGGUGGCUAUCUUGGCUAUAUAAUUUGCUCUAGUUUUCCUAGCGGCAGUUGCAAAGAGUGCUACACACCAGGUUACAUACUUAUCUAUGUCUGUGAGGAGAUAUAAAAUCAUGUCAGAGGCGUUCUGGCCAGGGGACCUUGUCAUUAUAUGUGCUAAAAAUUGUUCUCUUGCUUCAUUAUAUAAGGGGCAGCGCGAGAUAUAAUGCAUAAGGUCCUCUAAUUCAGGGCAUCCCCUAAUGCAAACACGUUUGUUUGUUGGUAUGCCUCUGUGUCUCCCAUCUCUAUAAGCAGAGUUUAUUGUAUUUAAUCGGAACUAUGUAAAAGCUUUCCCAAGUUGUACAAAAGUCAAUUCAUUGAAAUAAGGUGUAUGUUCGUGGACCUCUCUAAGUUUAAAAUAUAAUGGGGUGCAUGUGGAUGUGUACAUAGAGUUUAGGUCAUUUUUAGUUGCCAGUGCCCUUAUGGGUCAUUUGAAAAUAUUUUUCUGGGAAUAUAAGGAAAGUUACUUGAUCUCGGUCAUUGAGAGGUCAUAUUUGCUCAUCAGUUGGGCAGCGUGAUGUGCCCAUUUUUUAAGGGGUAAUCCAUUCGAGAGCUCAAUCAGGCAUUUUUUUGGUAGCUUAGUGUUGUCCAUCUGUUGAAUUCUAAACCAGUAGCAGAGGAUUCUUUUAUCUGUUUGGCUCUCUGUGCUCAACAUACAAGUUUCCAACCUAACCAUGGCAGAUUGCAUGUCUUUGGGUAAACCUAAAAGGAUUCUUAAAAAAUAAUUCUGUGGGGAUUCCAAACCAGAGACAUUUGAGGUACCCCAAACCUCUGCACCAUAUAAAAGCUGGGCCAUUGAUUUUGCUUUAUAGAUAAAGCUGGGUUAACCAGAUUUCCACCUUUACAAGCAGCGAAUUUCAAAAUAGCUUUUGCUGAUUUAAAGGCUUGCAAUUUAAUAUUGGAUAGCUCUAUAUUUAAUAUUGGAUAGCUGUAUAUUCCAAGAUAGUUCAUAGCAUAGACAUAACCAUUAUGUCUAUGCUACAAAUAGUACCCGUCACUGCCUUCCUCGCAUUCACAUACCUAUGGUUUAUUUAUCUUGGUUUUGUUUGACAGUGAUCUGUAGUUGUACAUGGACAACUGGUCAUCAGAUCCCGUUUGGUAACAUUUAUUUUGCAGAAUUUUGUAUGACCUUUUUUAAUUAUUAUUUUUAAAGUACAACUUCUUAUAGUCUACUCAUGGGAAUUGAUUCAUAAAGGUCUAACAGGAAUUGGGAAAACAAAUCAGUCUUCUCUUUUACACGUCAUUUUAAAUUCUAAGUUUGGAUUUUUGCAAUGAGCUUUCUGGGGCUGCCCUUCGGGAUGAUCUAGAGGUUGUAGCUAGUGAAAAAUGUAGCUUUUACUGUUCACUGGGCAUAAUAUCAGCAUUAUAUUAACCUGCUGCUGUACUGGCUGCCAACUAGCUGCUGUUAUGUUCAAGGUGCUGUUAUUAGUGUACAGAGCCCUAUCAAACUAGGGACCAGAAUACCUAAAAGGUUGUCUCUCUUGGCUGAUCACUCCAUUCUUCAAGAAAGGGCAUUCAGCAGAUGCCAUCCUAUCAGGAGGUUCGUUCUGCUAUAGGGCAGAACAGUAAUUCUGUAUUAGAAUUACGCCUAGCCUUUGGAACUCCAAUUACACACACACACACACCCCAGUUGGAAUCUGUGGUAGAUUUGAAUUUAUUUUAUUAAUGUAUUGUAUACAUGUAUGUGUUUAUUUGCUUGUUUGCUAAUGUAUUGAAACAUUUUAAUUGCUUGUCACCCAAAGGGUCUCCAAGUAACUUACAAUGAAAACACAUACUGUACAUUAUACCAUAGAAGGAGAGGGGGAGGGCCAUAUAACACAUCAAUAUUCUGAUGGUGUUUCCUGCUUGGCAGGGGGUUGGACUCGAUGGCCCUUGUGGUCUCUUCCAACUCUAUGAUUCUAUGAUUCUAUUCCAUGCAAUGUAUUGGGGAAACAAACAAACAAAUCCACCACUCCCAGAACAGUGUUUUUGUUUUUUGUAAAAAAGCAGUACACACACAAUAAACAAAAGAAUAUUCCCACCCACUAGCAGAUAAAAAUAAAGCCUCAACACCCAACAUCCUAUUUCCUAGCCCAGAAAUCAUUCACAUCACUCUUCCAUUGUCUCCUGAGACAAAUGGAUGCCAGCAACAUUUUUUAAAUCCCCACCGAGACGUCUGGCAUCAAGGUCAGUAGGUGGGUCCUCCAGGGAUGGUCUGGUGUCUCCUCUCCUUCCAGGGAGGACCAGAAGCAAAAGCAAAACAGAAAUAUGGUAAAACUGUUCUCUGCUACCUGCUCUGCAGUUGUUCCAUCUGCUGCUGCUCUCUUGCUGCUGGUGGCAGGGCGUAAGACUGAUGUGUCUGCCUGGGAAUUUAUCCUCCCACCCAGCUGUCUGGUGUCAAGGCCAGUUGCUGUAAAUUGGGGUGAGGCAGGGGGAAGGGUAGGUCCUGCAGGGAUAGUCUGGCAUAUUGUUUGUGUGUUUUAAUUGUUUUUAUAUAUGCAGUUGUUCCUGUCCUUGCGUAUACAACUGAUUUUUAUGUUUUGAUCAUCUUCUAAAUCACUUCAGGAUCCCUCAUGGAAAGAGAUUUGAAAUGAAAUAAUAAUUGUAAACCACCAUAAAGAGCAACUAUGGUUUAAAGAUGAAUGUGUAAAAUGUUAGUGGACAAAAAGAAAAUUGUAGCUGAUUUACUCCACCACCACUGCAGCUAUAACUAAGGUUUGUUCUUUGCUAACCACUCAUGGUUUAGAGAGAGACAAAUCAUGAGCCCCUGUUGGAUAGCACUAAGUCAAACCAAUGCUUAUUUCUGGAUAGUGCUUUGAGAGCAGGGGAGGAGCAAAGCAGCUAAACUUUUCUUCCUGUGCAUUAGCAAUGCUUUUAAAGCCCUAGUUCAGCUUAACUGUGUCUUAAAGCGAUGUGCAAGCUGUGCUACUCAGAUUGUAAAUUUAGGUUGUUUCUUGUACUAUUGAAUCAUAUAAUUGCAGGAAUAUUAAACUACUAAAAGAUAAGGAGAGAGGACUUGAGCAUUGUUAGGGCACUGAUAAUUCUGAGAAAUUACCAGAGUUUGGCCUAAUUAUUAAUAAUUAGGCUUUGUGUCUUGAAUUAAACAUUAGCAUUUAGUCCUUUUUUUCUUUCUACCACCAGCACUUUGACAAGAUGGUACUCUAGAGUAGUAUUCCAGCUGCCUCAUCAAGAAAUUGUAGAUAGCCUGAAGGUCUGCUUGGUGGGUGCCCUGCAGAAGUUCCAUGAGGUGAGGAAAACACAAGUUCUUUUCUGGCAGGGACGAACUACUGAGGAAAGCCUGACCAGGCUAAUAACUUCCUGUACUGAAAAGAAAAAAUAUUUAUUUGUGCUGGUCCUGAGAUACCAAUAUGGUUGUCCUGCACACUGGUGUCAGGUGCAGUAUCUUACCAGUAGGAAAAGCCAUCUACCCUUGUUUAGUGGGCUCCUGGCCCAUUGCAGCGCUGCUUCUGUAGAAUCCCACUUGUACAUGAGGGGGAGAGGGUGGGGUAGCAGCCGGUCUUCGCCGCACACCCAUAUGGUCUUAUCUGAUUGCAGUGCUGUAGGGUGUUCACCUGGCUCCCCACCCCACUGCAGUACCCCUGCUGCUAGGAUAAGCCCACUAGCAAAGGGAAGGUUGCCGGAUGCCCCUUGUGUGACCCCCACCCCCCACCUCACUGCUUCAGGGCAAGCAUGAUUACAUGUGAGGCUGAGAAUAGCAGCUUCAGCAGUGCCACAGCUGGGUGGAGCAAGUGGCGGAAUGCAUGUUGGGGGACGGACCACUGAGGGUAGCCUGCCUAGGCCCUUCAAAAAUUAGAGGUGCAGCUUUGCUUUUGCUACUUUCUGAAAUAUAGAUUCCAAAUUUUGGGCAGGGACCUGUUUAUAUUGCUAAUAUUCUCUAGAAUGUAGGUAGUGCCCUAUACAGUGGUGCCUCGCAAGACGAAAUUAAUCCGUUCCGUGAGUCUCUUCGUCUAGCGGUUUUUUCGUCUUGUGAAGCAACCCUAUUAGCGGAUUAGCGCUAUUAGCGGUUUAGCGGCUAUUAAAGGCUUAGCAGCUUAGAAAGAGGGGGGGGGGCGAAAAAAAUCUCAAGACUCGCAAGACAUUUUCGGCUUGCGAAGCAAGCCCAUCGGGAAAUUCGCCCUGCGAACAGCAUCGGAAAACGGAAAACCCUUUCGUCUAGCGGGUUUUUCGUCUUGCGAGGCAUUCGUCUUGCGGGGCACCACUGUAAACUCAAGUAACAAGUGCUGUUCUUUUUAAUGGAGAGGUAUAGUCACAGGAGUAACUUUCCGCAGUCUCCAUACAACUUACUCUUUUUGAGUUUUUUGCAGUCAGCCAUGGCACUAAUUAUCUUGAAUGAGAGCAGAAAGGGUUACAAAUAAAGACAGUGCAUUUGUGUCUGUAUACUGGAGGUAUCUAGAAUGCCCAGAGGAGAUGUUUGCCUGAGUUAUCCAGGUCUCUCUGCAUAUAUUACAACAUCUUAACCUACAUGUUUGGUCUCUUGAAGGUGAACCACGAUCUCCCUGAAAAGAUUGUAGUUUACAGAGAUGGUGUAUCGGAUAGCCAGCUGAAAAUGGUGGAGAGCUAUGAAAUCCCCCAGCUAGAGAAAUGCUUUGAAGCUUUUGAGAAUUAUGAGCCUAAAAUGGUGGUGAUGGUUGUACAGAAGAAAAUCAGUGCCAACAUGUAUUUGGCAGCCACUGAUCACUUCUCCACUCCGUCUCCGGGUACAGUAAUAGACCACACAAUCACCAGCCGAGAUUGGUGAGUGAAAAGCAGUCACACAGCCCUUUCUCUCCAUAUUUUCACAGGCUACUCUGCUCUUUUUGUAAGAAGAAUUUGUUGCUUAUAGUUGAUUGAUUUAGAUAUUUGCCACAGUUUAGUGCAACAUGAAUAAAUUGGAAUGAACAUUGAGUUUUGCAUGCUUCCUCCUUCCAUGUGGGUGGGGAAGGAUCUUGAAAGUUUCUGCUUCUAGCCUUCGUUAUACAUAUAUCAUGCAGACCAGGAACUGUGUUUAAUCUUAAAUGUGGUUCACGUCAAACAGACUAACUUCAGUAACUGGUUUGAAGUUGGCUUGUUUGAAACUAGACAGUUAAUGUCAAAUAGAGUUGGUUGGUCCAUAUGACACAACAGUCCAUUACUAAGUCAAAGCUUUCAAGCUUCUUGUCCCAGCCACUUGUGAAGAGGGGAAAGAGGAACGUGUUUAUUCUUGCUCAUUGACAUUGUGUAUAGCAUGUUUGUGUGUAGGUUCCUUUGCUGAAAUGAUCUGUCUGUUUUCUCAAACUGUUAAACCAAAAUGUACUCUCCUGUAACUUAAGUCCAUUAAAUGAGUCUGUCCUUUGGGGCAUCCGAGAAGUCUUUACUAUCUUCUGUGUGACAGCCCUUGGAGUAUUUGAAAGAUGCUUUGGUUUUCCCCCUCAGUCUUCUCUUCCCUCCAGUGCUCUUAGGCUUUCCUCAUAGGGUUUGUUUUCCAAACCAACACUUGAAAGUCUUUGUUGCCCUCCUCUGAACCCAGUUCCAUCUUCCCACCACCAUAGAAUAAAUCAGGUGAAAUGUGGCAUGCUAGAACUAUGUAGUCAGGUUACAUAAUGUACCUCAAUAUCAACUUUUACUCUUUAAUCCAGAGGUUUCCAGUCUUUGGCAAUAACCCUUCUGGAGUUCUUCAUUGAACAUCUUAAAGAUUUGUGUAUGAAACUUCUCACUAGGUUGAAAAUCUUUAGGUGGUUUCCUUGGCAGACUAGAUACUAUGACACCCUCUGUCUUCCUGGUAUCUGUGCCAGUCAAACUGGUGUUCAUCUCUGCACUCUUUCCCUUUUUGAUAGAGGAAAGAGCCAUAAAUUUAACCUGAUGGGAAUAAAAAGCUGCUCAUCGGCAGCUGUGACAACAAGUUGUAAAUUACUAUGCCUAUGUGGCUAGAUAUCAAAUUUUCCUCUGGGGAAAAAAUAAUUUGGGUUUAACCAAGCUACCUGAAGAGCAUAGUGCUUCUCAAGUCUACCAGAAUGCCUCCAAGCCAACCAGACAACAUGGCCAGGCACAUGGGAAGUGGUGGCCACUGGUCAGUGAUUUCCCUCUCCCUUAAGGGCUGUACAUGACAAAUAACCAGUCUUGCAAUGUGAUCAACAGGUAAGUGUGCUGCUUGUAAAUAAAAAAUAUAUCUUUAUUGAUAUGUAUUGUAUAGAUAUAUAAAAUUAUAUAUAUAUUGAUAGCAUUUUUUAAAAAAUUAUUCUUAGGGUGGAUUUUUACUUGAUGGCUCAUUAUGCACGACAAGGUUGUGGCAUUCCAACUCACUAUGUCUGUGUAAGAAAUACUGCCAACCUCAGUCCUGACCACCUGCAGAGGUGAGUGCAUUUCAUGUUUUAGAUGUAAUCUCUUAAUUCCUCUUAGGGAUUUGUGUGUGUGUGUGUGUGCUUUUAGUUCACAUGUACAGAAAGUAAUAUAUAAAUAUUUAUAUCAUUACUUUUUAAAAGAUUAGAAAUCGGGUGUUUUCUCAUGUCUUGCCAUUGCAAGUAUUAUACUGCUGCUCUGAUAGUGAGAUGGUCCUUUGACUAGGGUGAACAGUUGAGUGUGCCGAAUAAUGGCUCUAAGGAUAACCCAUCUGGAGGCUUGGGCUUUGACUAGCUUGCUGUUGGUGAGGAUAUGCUUUGCCAAAGUGAAAGACCAGGGGCUCACCUUGUGCCAACUUUAAUGUCUUUCAGCACCAGCCAUAUUCUUUUGGUUUGUUUUCUGCUGUAUUUUUUAUGAUUUUAGAUGCUCUAGGUCCAUGGGGAUGAUUUGAUUGCUCCCUUUAUUAUAUUAUUACAUCAUUUUGUCUGAUUGUGAAUCCCUACUCCAAAUAGUUGUCCUAUUUUUGUACAUCUUCUGGUUUUAUUGCUUUUGUUCUUUUUAUUUCUUUUAAUUGUUUGUUGCUCAGAUAACUCUAAUCAUAGGAUGACUGAUACAUGUAGUAAAUUUUAUAAAACAAAUGUCUAAGAAAUUAGAGUUGACUUCUGAACCUUUACUCUGCUAAACUGAGGGUGGGGAAUCUCUGAUCUGUGGGUCAGGGUGUUCAAGUUGGCCCGUGAGGCCAUUUCCCCCAAACCACACCUAACCAUCAGCUGGUGUCAUUCAGGAUAUCAUUUGAUAGGCAGGGUUAAAUCCUACAUUGACUGUGCAAUCCUACACCCAGUAGCCAAACAGAGCAGGAUUUAACUGUCAUUGAACCCUGCUCAGUUUUGCAAGGGGUUUGCACAGAAUCCCUUGCAAAAUCAAAGGGGCAAAAACCAUCUUGCACCUGCCAUUGUAACAUCAGGUGAUUGAUAGGUAGACAGCCCCACCCACCUGUCAAAUAAGGCUGCUGAGGCUGAUCCUGAUAGGGUCAGGCCUGUGGAGUCAGAAAGGUUCCCCACCCCUGCCCCGAGCUAUCAGAGUAAAAGAGGUGGCUCAAUAAUGCUUAACACUGAAGCUCCUAAAUUAAUCAUCCUGUCUGAACAGCAGGUACCUUACCUGGCACUGCAUUUUACUCUUUCACAUCUGUCGGCCUCAGUUUGGCUGAGAUCCUUGUAGAAUCAUUUCCAGAAAUACUUUCCUUGCUUGGAAUUGAACUGGAAGACAGCACUCUAGUUGCACAUGCUUCUCUCGUCUUCCUCCCUGUACCUAUGGAUAUUGGAAUGCACAUUGGAUAGCAGUGGAGCAGUAUAUUCAUAGAACUAACCGUGGCCAUGAUCCUGAAGUUCUUAACCCUAUGAUAAAGUGACUGGUGUUGCCCAGAACUGAAUUGGAUUAAGUAUGGAGAAACUCUGAUUUGAAGAUCACCAGAAUAAUGUGAAUAAUGAAAAUAUUAUAUAAAGUGUCUUUCUGAUGAAGCACUGUACAAAUUAAACCAAACUAUAGGUUCUUGGAUCUAGGGCUCCACAUAGCGCCUAAAGUAGUUAUCUGGUAUAAUUAAUGGCACUUCUUAAAUCUGACAACUUCUCCUGUCACCUCUUAAAUGGCCCCUAAAAUAUCCCCUCUUUCUCCCUUGCUUCCCACUUUGCUCAUCAGUACUGCUUUUGCCACCUUCUCCCUUGUCCUUUGUUUGGGUUACUCCCCCAUUACUUUUUCCUUCCCUUUUCCCUUUGUGUUUCUUGUUAAUUGUAAGCAGAGCUCUGCAGCUUUUAAUUCCAGGUGCAGGUAUGCAGGUUGGGUUUGAUUUAAAUCACAAUUUAAAUCACUACUCAGUAAGACUUGAUUUAAAUCAUUUUUUUACAGAAAGACUCAUUCUUGCUGGUAAAAUCUUAAUAUUCACAACCAGAUGAAGGCUUCAUUUUUGGAAUAAUAGUUUUUUACAGUUAUAUCAAAAAUUACUGAUUUGGUUAUACUAUUAGAAAUACAUAGACAGAUAAUUAUGAAAUUAUUGUGAGGUUUAAUAAGUUAACUUUAUAUUUGGACAAUUUUUCUGCUGUACUUUAUUGGAAGGAGAAAAAUAAUCAUUUUCUUAAUAACAAUUUAGACAAUUCAUUUAACUAAAACAGUAAUAUUAUAGCAUAUUUAUCCAUGUUUGUUAACCAAUGUGGUUAAACAAUCUAAAAAAAACUUAGACUGAGUUUUAGCACACAUGUAAAACUUAAAACAAAUCCUUAGUUCCUGAUGAAUAGCCUUUGAACUAUAAUGUAACUUAAAUAGAAAACUAUCUUUAGAAAGAUUUUUCUUCCACAAGCAUUUUAUUUUAAAAAUCUGAUUUAAAUAAAAAAAAUCUGAUUAAACUAAAAAAAAAUCUGAUUUUUUAAUUUUAAAACAUUGUUUUUUAUCCACCCUGCAGGUAUAUUUUCCUAGGGCUUUAUCAGCACAGUCACUGUUAAAGGUCAAUCCUUCCUUCCAGAACAGGGGGGGGGGAGUUUCCAGAGAAUAAGGUUGAUAUUCUGUUGGGGGGGGGAAUUAUCCUCUCUCCCUCCCACCUUUUUUAACAGGCUGACCUUCAAGCUUUGCCACAUAUACUGGAAUUGGCCAGGAACCAUCAGAGUGCCAGCUCCUUGCAAGUAUGCUCACAAGUUGGCCUUUCUCUCAGGUCAAAUUCUACACCAUGAACCAGCAAUUGAGCUCAGUGAAAAGCUCUUCUUCCUAUAGUUUCUCCAGCCAGGAGCAUGGAGAAGGCAGUCCCCCAAGGCAGAGAUGAGGAGAAAAUCUCCUGAAUCACCCUGUUGGACAGCACAUACUGCCCUUGGACCACUAACACACACGUGAGCUCUGCAGUAGCUGUUAGCGUCCUCAGUCCUAUGCAUGUUUACUUCAAAGUGAAUACCCAACUAUUCUUCAAAUUUCAGCAGUUUGUAACAAGUAAUAAAUGGUAACCUAAUUUCAGCAAAAUAGCUAAUAACUGGCAACUAUUUUAACUUGGUGAAUAUUGCCUGGAAUUUUCAUUUUUGUGUUAUUGUGUAUGUUCAGUUAAUACAUAUAUUGCUUUUGUUUUAAUAGGUGGUUAUAAUACUAGAAAACUUUUUUAAAAACAACAACCCAUGGACAUUCCCCAAGUAUCUAAAGAUUUUUCAGUUGGAUUAUUUAAAAGUUUUUUUCCUAUAGUUAUAUACUUUAACCUUAAUACUAUCAUGUUCUUUAAAAGGAAAUGUGUCUUUUCUCUCUUUUUGUUAAAGGUAAAAAUUCCUGUGUUAGGCUGGAAUAAAAACAAAACUUUCUAUAUUUAUCUGGCUGAACUAACUUUAUGUAGUCUCCAUACCACUAAAUGCCUGUUUUUGCAAGUUGCUCUGUAUUAACUAUGUAGAUUGUGAGUUGUUUAACAUAGUUAAAUCUCUGAAAUGAAGAAUAUUUUCAACUGGAUUUCAGAUGUAUUGGCAAAGAUCGAGGCGGGUCGGGGCUGCUGAUUCUUCUAGACCUGUCAGCAGCCUUCGACAUGGUCGAUCACGAACUCCUGGACCACCGCCUUGCCGACGUGGGGAUCCAGGGCACAGUCCUUCAGUGGCUGCGCUCAUUUCUCUCUGGUUGGGGACAGAGGGUGGCGCUUGGGGGGGGGGAUUGUCAUCGCGCCACUCCUUGGAGUGUGGAGUGCCUCAGGGUGCUAUACUCUCCCCUAUGCUUUCCAACAUCUUUAUGCGCCCCCUCACCCAGCUUGUCCGGAGUUUGGGGUUGGGCUGCCAUCAGUACGCUGAUGACACCCAACGCUAUCUGUUGAUGGAUGGCCAUCCUGACUCGGCCCCAGACACACUGAUCAGAUGUUUGGAAGCUGUGGCUGGAUGGUUACGUGGGAGCCGGUUGAAGUUAAAUCCUUCGAAGACAGAGGUCCUUUGGCUGGGACGGGACGAUAUGGGAUUGAGGGGGCAACUCCCAUCUCUUGCAGGGGCACAAUUAGUGCCAGCACCGUCCGUUAAGAGUUUGGGUGUAAUCUUCGACACCCCCCCUUUCCAUGGAGGCGCAGAUUGCAGCUAUAACAAAGGCGGCAUUCUUUCAUCUCCGCCAAGCUAAGUAGUUGGCUCCUUACCACUCUCGCCCUGACCUAGCCACUGUGAUCCACGCGACGGUCACCUCCAGACUGGAUUAUUGUAACUCGCUCUACGUGGGGCUGCCCUUGAGACUAACCCAGAAACUCCAGUGGGUGCAGAAUGCCGUGGCAAGACUCCUUACGGGGUCCUUGCUGCGAGAUCACAUUCACCCAGUGCUAUACCAGCUGCACUGGCUCCCGGUGGAGUACAGGAUCAGGUUUAAGGUGCUGGUUUUAACCUUCAUAGCCCUAUACGGCCUAGGACCCUCGUACCUACGGGACCGCCUCUCCUGGUAUGUCCCACAGAGGAACUUACGGUCUUCAAACAAAAACAUCUUGGAGGUCCCAGGCCACAGAGAGGUUAGGCUGGCCUCAACUAGAGCCAGGGCUUUUUCGGCUGUGGCUCCGAUCUGGUGGAACGCUCUGUCACAAGAGACUAGGGCCCUGCAGGAUCUUUCCGCAGGGCCUGCAAGACAGAGCUGUUCCACCAGGUCUUUGGCCAGGGCACAGCCUGACUCCCUCCUUUGGCAAUCCUCACAGAACUCUAGCCCAAUGGUUGCCAUUAAUCUGAUUGGAAUUAUUUUUAUAAUUGUCAGAGCUGCUUCCAGAUCCUAGCUCACAGAGGAUCACGCUAGCCAGCGA